AUGUUUGAUUCCUCUCUCUGUGGAGGAGGCGGCGGGAGGGAGGGAGGAGGAGAGAAUGAGAGAGAGAGAGAGGGUGUGUCUUUUUUUGUGAAUGCAGAGUGCCUCACUAACACAGUCACCACCAGGUGCCCACGUUACACUGUUUUGAGCUCCAGCCCAGAGGUCACAGUAGGACAGUGGCUGACCUUCAGCACAGGAGGACAUGCCAGCCCAGCAGCCCCCCUCCUGUCUCUGGGUCUGGGACAGCCAGGUUGGGUUCACCUUCACAUGACAGCUUAGUGCCACUGCUCAUUUAAUGGGUUUUGGAUUGAAAAUCAACAAUUCCCAGCAUAUUAUGUGAGGAGUUGGAAAUCAUCGCACUAUUACUUAUAAAACAGUCAAAUCAUUGCAAUAUUAUUGAAUAAAACUGACCCAUCACCGCAGUACAAAAAGAGGGCUUGCAAUUUCAACCAAUCACUGUACAUUUACCACAUAAUAUGGUUCAAUCAAGCCACCUGUCACCCCAAAAAUGUCCCCUCGUCAGUGCAUUUUCGCUACAAAUUGGACAAAAUCAUUGCAUAUUGCCAUACAAAAUGUCAGAAUUGCUUCAGCAAAAUCAAGCAUUUUUUCCCUGCAAAUAUCACAAAAAAUCCACCCAAAUUCAUGGAGAGACUGGGAAAUAUGGUGCCAGUAUGCAUGAUAAUAUUUUCUCUGUCAGCUCAUGCCAUUGUUAUAUACAGUACCAGUCAAAAGUUUGGACACCUACUCAUUCAAUGGUUUUUCUUUAUUUUUACUAUUUUGUACAUUGUAGAAUAAUAGUGAAGACAUCGAAGCUAUGAAAUAACACACAUGGAAUCAUGUAGUAACCAAAAAAGUGUUACACAUCAAAAUAUAUUUUAUAUUGAGAUUCUUCAAAAAGCCACCCUUUGCUUUGAAGACAGCUUUGCAGACUCUUGGCAUUCUCUCAACCAGUUUCACCUGGAAGGAGUUCGCACAUAUGCUGAGCACUUGUUGGCUGCUUUUCCUUCACCCUGCCCUCCGACUCAUCUCAAACCAUCUCAAUUGGGUUGAGGUCAGGGGAUUGUGGAGGCCAGGUCAUCUGAUACAGCUCUCCGUCUUGGUAAAAUAGCCCUUACACAGCCUGGAGGUGUGUUGGGUCAUUGUCCUGUUGAAAAAGAAAUGAUAGUCCCACUAAGCCCAAACCAGAUGGGAUGGCGUAUCACUGCAGAAUGCUGUGGUAGCCAUGCUGGUUAAGUUUGCCUUGAAUUCUAAAUAAAUCACUGAUAGUGUCACCAGCAAAGCACCCCCACACCAUAACACCUCCUCCAUGCGUUACGUUGGGAACUAUACAUGCAGAGAUAAUCCGUUCACCCACACAGCGUCUCACAAAAACAUGCGGUUGGAACCAAAAAUCUCCAAUUUGGACUCCAGACCAAAGGACACAUUUCCACGGAUCUAAUGUCCAUUGCUCGUGUUUCUUGGCCCAAACAGGUCUCUUAUUGGUGUCCUUUAGUAGUGGUUUCUUUGCAGCAAUUCGACCAUGAAGGCCUGAUUCACACAGUCUUCUCUGAACAGUUGAUGUUGAGAUGUGUCUGUUACUUGAACUCUGUGAAGCAUUUAUUUGGGCUGCUGUAUCUGAGGCUGGUAACUAAUGAACUUAUCCUCUGCAGCAGAGGUAACUCUGGGUCUUCCAUUCCUGUCGCGGUCCUCAUGAGAGCUAGUUUCAUCAUAGCGCUUGAUGGUUUUGGCAACUGCACUUGAAGAAACGUUCAAAGUUCUUAAUGUUCCGUAUUGACUGACCUUCAUGUCUUAAAGUCAUGAUGGACUGUUUUUUCCUCUUUGCUUAUUUGAGCUGUUCUUGCCAUAAUAUGGACUUGGUCUUUUACCAGAUAGGGCUAUCUUCUGUAUCUCCCCACUACCAUGUCACAACACAACUGAUUGGCUCAAACGCAUUAAGAAGGAAAUACAUUUCAUAAAUGAACGUUUAAGAAGGCACACCUGUUAAUUGAAAUGCAAUCGAGGUGACUACCUCAUGAAGCUGGUUGAGAGAAUGCCAAGAGUGUGCAAAGCUGUCAUGAAGGCAAAGGCUGGCUAUUUGUGGUCCUCUGAAGCUCAAUUGGUAGAGCAUGGCGCUUGUAACGCCAGUGUAGUGGGUUCGAUCCCCGGGACCACCCAUACGUAAAAAUGUAUGCACGCAUGACUAAGUCGCUUUGGAUAAAAGCGUCUGCUAAAUGGCAUUAUUAUUAUUAUUAUUAUUAUUAUUAUAUUUGAAGAAUCUCAAAUAUAUUUUGAUUUGUUUAACACUUUUUUUGAUUCCAUAUGUGUUAUUUCGUAGUUGAUGUCUUCACUAUUAUUCUACAAUGAAAAUAUAAAGAACCCUUGAAUGAGUAGGUGUGUCCAAACUUUUGACUGGUAAUAUAUAUAUGUGUGUAUAUCUCAGCAAAGAAGGGAACGUCCUCUCACUGUCAACUGUGUUUAUUUUCAGCAAACUUAACGUGUAAAUAUUUGUUUGAACAUAACAAGAUUCAACAACUGAGACAUAAACUGAACAAGUUCCACAGACAUGUAACAGAAAUUGAAUAAUGUGUCCCAGAACAAAGGGGGGUCAAAAGUAACAGUAUCUGGUGUGGCCACCAGCUGCAUUAAGUACUGUAGUGCGUCUCCUCCUCAUGGACUGCACCAGAUUUGCCAGUUCUUGCUGUGAGAUGUUACCCCACUCUUCCACCAAGGCACCUGCAAGUUCCCGGACAUUUCUAGAGGGAAUGGCCCUAGCCCUCACCCUCCAAUCCAACAGUUCCCAGACGUGCUCAAUGGGAUUGAGAUCCGGGCUCUUCGCUGGCCAUGGCAGAACACUGACAUUCCUGUCUUGCAGGAAAUCACGCACAGAACGAGCAGUAUGGCUGGUGGCAUUGUCAUGCUGGAGGGUCAUGUCAGGAUGAGCCUGCAGGAAGGGUACCACAUGAGGGAGGAGGAUGUUUUCCCUGUAACGCACAGCGUUAAGAUUGCCUGCAAUGACAACAAGCUCAGUCCGAUGAUGCUGUGACACACCGCCCCAGACCAUGACGGACCCUCCACCUCCAAAUCGAUCCUGCUCCAGAGUACAGGCCUCGGUGUAACGCUCAUUCCUUUGACGAUAAACACGAAUCCGACCAUCACCCCUGGUGAGACAAAAACGCGACUCGUCAGUGAAGAGCACUUUUUGGCCAGUCCUGUCUGGUCCAGCGACGGUGGGUUUGUGCCCAUAGGCAACGUUGUUGCAGGUCAUGUCUGGUGAGGACCUGCCUUACAACAGGCCUACAAGCCCUUAGUCCAGCCUCUCUCAGCCUAUUUUGAGGACAGUCUGAGCACUGAUGGAGGGAUUGUGCGUUCCUGAUGUAACUCGGGCAGUUGUUGUUGCCGUCCUGUACCUGUCCCGCAGGUGUGAUGUUCGGAUGUACCGAUCCUGUGCAGGUGUUGUUACACGUGGUCUGCCAGCUGUCUGUCCUGUCUCCCUGUAGCGCUGUCUUAGGCGUCUCACAGUACGGACAUUGCAAUUUAUUGCCCUGGCCACAUCUGCAGUUCACGCAGGGACCCUGGGCAUCUUUCUUUUGGUGUUUUUUAAGAGUCAGUAGAAAGACCUCUUUAGUGUCCUAAGCUUUCAUAACUGUGACCUUAAUUGCCUACAGUCUGUAAGCUGUUAGUGUCUUAAGGACAGUUCCACAGGUGUAUGUUUAUUAAUUGUUUAUGGUUCAUUGAACAAGCAUGGGAAACCAGUGUUUAAACCCUUUACAAUGAAGAUCUGUGAAAUUAUUUUGAUUUUUACUAAUUAUCUUUGAAAGACAGGGUCCUGAAAAAGGGACGUUUCUUUUUUUGGUGUGUGUGUACAGUGAGGGGAAAAAGUAUUUGAUCCCCUGCUGAUUUUGUACGUUUGCCCACUGACAAAGAAAUGAUCAGUCUAUAAUUUUAAUGGUAGGUUUAUUUGAACAGUGAGAGACAGAAUAACAACAAAAAUCCAGAAAAACGCAUGUCAAAAAUGCUAUAAAUUGAUUUGCAUUUUAAUGAGGGAAAUAAGUAUUUGACCCCCUCUCCAUCAGAAAGAUUUCUGGCUCCCAGGUGUCUUUUAUACAGGUAACGAGCUGAGAUUAGGAGCACACUCUUAAAGGGAGUGCUCCUAAUCUCAGUUUGUUACCUGUAUAAAAGACACCUGUCCACAGAAGCAAUCAAUCAAUCAGAUUCCAAACUCUCCACCAUGGCCAAGACCAAAGAUGUCAGGGACAAGAUUAUAGACCGACACAAGGCUGGAAUGGGCUACAAGACCAUCGCCAAGCAGCUUGGUGAGAAGGUGACAACAGUUGUUGCGAUUAUUCGCAAAUGGAAGAAACACAAAAGAACUGUCAAUCUCCCUCGGCCUGGGGCUCCAUGCAAGAUCUCACCUCGUGGAGUUGCAAUGAUCAUGAGAACGGUGAGGAAUCAGCCUAGAACUACACGGGAGGAUCUUGUCAUGAUCUCAAGGCAGCUGGGACCAUAGUCACCAAGAAAACAAUUGGUAACACACUACGCUGUGAAGGACUGAAAUCCUGCAGCGCCCGCAAGGUCCCCCUGCUCAAGAAAGCACAUAUGCAGGCCCGUCUGAAGUUUGCCAAUGAACAUCUGAAUGAUUCAGAGGAGAACUGGGUGAAAGUGUUGUGAUCAGAUGAGACCAAAAUGGAGCUCUUUGGCAUCAACUCAACUCGCCAUGUUUGGAGGAGGAGGAAUGCUGCCUAUGACCCCAAGAACACCAUCCCCACCGUCAAACAUGGAGGUGGAAAGAUUAUGCUUUGGGGGUGUUUUUCUGCUAAUGGGACAGGACAACUUCACCACAUCAAAGGGACGAUGGACGGGGCCAUGUACCGUCAAAUCUUGGGUGAGAACCUCCUUCCCUCAGCCAGGGCAUUGAAAAUGGGUCGUGGAUGGGUAUUCCAGCAUGACAAUGACCCAAAACACACGGCCAAGGCAACAAAGGAGUGGCUCAAGAAGAAGCACAUUAAGGUCCUGGAGUGGCCUAGCCAGUCUCCAGACCUUAAUCCCAUAGAAAAUCUGUGGAGGGAGCUGAAGGUUCGAGUUGCCAAACGUCAGCCUCGAAACCUUAAUGACUUUGAGAAGAUCUGCAAAGAGGAGUGGGACAAAAUCCCUCCUGAGAUGUGUGCAAACCUGGUGGCCAACUACAAGAAACGUCUGACCGCUGUGAUUGCCAACAAGGGUUUUUCCACCAAGUACUAAGUCUUGUUUUGCAGAUGGGUCAAAUACUUAUUUCCCUCAUUAAAAUGCAAAUCAAUUUAUAACAUUUUUGACAUGCAUUUUUCUGGAUUUUGUUGUUAUUCUGUCUCAUUGUUCAAAUAAAUCUAGCAUUAAAAUUAUAGACUGAUCAUUUCUUUGUCAGUGGGCAAACGUACAAAAUCAGCAGGGGAUCAAAUACUUUUUUCCCUCACUGUGUGUGUGUGUGUGUGUGUGUAUAUAUAUAUAUAUAUAUAUAUAUAUAUAUAUAUAUAUAUAUAUAUAUAUAUAUAUAUAUAUAUAUAUAUAUAUAUAUAUAUAUUGCUCAAAAAAAUAAAGGGAACACUUAAACAACACAAUGUAACUCCAAGUCAAUCACACUUCUGUGAAAUCAAACUGUCCACUUAGGAAGCAACACUGAUUGACAAUACAUUUCACAUGCUGUUGUGCAAAUGGAAUAGACAACAGGUGGAAAUUAUAGGCAAUUAGCAAGACACCCCCAAUAAAGGACUGGUUUUGCAGGUGGUAACCACAGACCACUUCUCAGUUCCUAUGCUUCCUGGCUGAUGUUUUGGUCACUUUUGAAUGCUGGCGGUGCUUUCACUCUAGUGGUAGCAUGAGACGGAGUCUACAACCCACACAAGUGGCUCAGGUAGUGCAGCUCAUCCAGGAUGGCACAUCAAUGCGAGCUGUGGCAAGAAGGUUUGCUGUGUCUGUCAGCAUAGUGUCCAGAGCAUUGAGGCGCUACCAGGAGACAGGCCAGUACAUCAGGAGACGUGGAGGAGGCCGUAGGAGGGCAACAACCCAGCAGCAGGACUGCUUCCUCCGCCUUUGUGCAAGGAGAAGCAGGAGGAUCACUGCCAGAGCCCUGCAAAAUGACCUCCAGCAGGCCACAAAUGUGCAUGUGUCUGCUCAAACGGUCAGAAACAGACUCCAUGAGGGUGGUAUGAGGGCCCGACGUCCACGGGGGGGGGGGGGGGUUGUGCUUACAGCCCAACACCGUGCAGGACGUUUGGCAUUUGCCAGAGAACACCAAGAUUGGCAAAUUCGCCACUGGUGCCCUGUGCUCUUCACAGAUGAAAGCAGGUUCACACUGAGCACAUGUGACAGACGUGACAGAGUCUGGAUACGCCGUGGAGAACGUUCUGCUGCCUGCAACAUCCUCCAGCAUGACCGGUUUGGCGGUGGGUCAGUCAUGGUGUGGGGUGGCAUUUCUUUGGUGGGCCGCACAGCCCUCCAUGUGCUCGCCAGAGGUAGCCUGACUGCCAUUAGGUACCGAGAUGAGAUCCUCAGACCCCUUGUGAGACCAUAUGCUGGUGCGGUUGGCCCUGGGUUCCUCCUAAUGCAAGACAAUGCUAGACCUCAUGUGGCUGGAGUGUGUCAGCAGUUCCUGCAAGAGGAAGGCAUUGAUGCUAUGGACUGGCCCGCCCGUUCACCAGACCUGAAUCCAAUUGAGCACAUCUGGGACAUCAUGUCUCGCUCCAUCCACCAACGCCACGUUGCACCACAGACUGUCCAGGAGUUGGCGGAUGCUUUAGUCCAGGUCUGGGAGGAGAUCCCUCAGGAGACCAUCCGCCACCUCAUCAGGAGCAUGCCCAGGCGUUGUAGGGAGGUCAUACAGGCACGUGGAGGCCACACACACUACUGAGCCUCAUUUUGACUUGUUUUAAGGACAUUACAUCAAAGUUGGAUCAGCCUGUAGUGUGGUUUUCCACUUUAAUUUUGAGGGUGACUCCAAAUCCAGACCUCCAUGGGUUGAUACAUUUGAUUUCCAUUGAUAAUUUUUGUGUGAUUUUGUUGUCAGCACAUUCAACUAUGUAAAGAAAGUAUUUAAUAAGAUUAUUUCAUUAAUUCAGAUCUAGGAUGUGUUAUUUUAGUGUCCCUUUUGAGCAGUGUAUAUACACAUACGUGUCUGUGUGUGUGUGUGUGUGUGUGUAUAUAUAUAUAUAUAUAUAUACAGACACACACAGACACAGUGGGGAGAACAAGUAUUUGAUACACUGUCGAUUUUGCAGGUUUUCCUACUUACAAAGCAUGUAGAGGUCUGUAAUUUUGAUCAUAGGUACAAAAAUCCAGAAAAUCACAUUGUAUGAUUUUUAAGUAAUUCAUUUGCAUUUUAUUGCAUGACAAGGAUUUGAUCACCUACCAACCAGUAAGAAUUCCGGCUCUCACAGACCUGUUAGUUUUUCUUUAAGAAGCCCUCCUGUUCUCCACUCAUUACUCACAAUUUUCUCGGCAGCAGGUAGCUUAGUGGUUAAGAGCGUUGUGCCAGUAACCGAAAGGUCGCUGGUUCUAAUCCCUGAGCCAACUAGGUGGAAAAUCUGUUGAUGUGCCCUGAGCAAGGCACUUAACCCUAAUUGCUCCUGUAAGUCGCUCUGGAUAAGAGCGUCUGCUAAAUUACAUAAUAAUAAUAAUUACCUGUAUUAACUGCACCUGUUUGAACUCGUUACCUGUAUAAAAGACACCUGUCCACACACUCAAUCAAACAGACUCCAACCUCUCCACAAUGGCCAAGACCAGAGAGCUGUGUAAGGACAUCAGGGAUAACAUUGUAGACCUGCACAAGGCUGGGAUGGGCUACAGGACAAUAGGCAAGCAGCUUGGUGAGAAGGCAACAACUGUUGGCACAAUUAUUAGAAAAUGGAAGAAGUUCAAGAUGACGGUCAAUCACCCUCGGUCUGGGGCUCCAUGCAAGAUCUCACUUUGUGGGGCAUCAAUGAUCAUGAGGAAGGUGAGGGAUCAGCCCAGAACUACACGGCAGGACCUGGUCAAUGACCUGAAGAGGCUGGGACCACAGUCUCAAAGAAAACCAUUAGUAACACACUACGCCGUCAUGGAUUAAAAUCCUGCAGCGCGUGCAAGGUCCCCCUGCUCAAACCAGCGCUUGUCCAGGCCCGUCUGAAGUUUGCCAAUGACCAUCUGGAUGAUCCAGAGGAGGAAUGGGAGAAGGUCAUGUGGUCUGAUGAGACAAAAAUAGAGCUUUUUGGUCUAAACUCCACUCGCCGUGUUUGGAGGAAGAAGAAGGAUGAGUACAACCCCAAGAACACCAUCCCAACCGUGAAGCAUGGAGGUGGAAACAUCAUUCUUUGGGGAUGCUUUUCUGCAAAGGGGACAGGACGAAUGCACCGUAUUGAGGGGAGGAUGGAUGGGGCCAUGUAUCGCGAGAUCUUGGCCAACAACCUCCUUCCCUCAGUAAGAGCAUUGAAGAUGGGUCGUGGCUGGGUCUUCCAGCAUGACAACGACCCAAAACACAAAGCCAGGGCAACUAAGGAGUGGCUCCGUAAGAAGCAUCUCAAGGUCCUGGAGUGGCCUAGCCAGUCUCCAGACCUGAACCCAAUAGAAAAUCUUUGGAGGAAGCUGAAAGUCCGUAUUGCCCAGCGACAGCCCCGAAACCUGAAGGAUCUGGAGAAGGUCUGUAUGGAGGAGUGGGCCAAAAUCCCUGCUGCAGUGUGUGCAAACCUGGUCAAGACCUACAGGAAAUGUAUGAUCUCUGUAAUUGCAAACAAAGGUUUCUGUACCAAAUAUAUUAAGUUCUGCUUUUCUGAUGUAUCAAAUACUUAUGUCAUGCAAUAAAAUGCAAAUUAAUUACUUAAAAAUCAUACAAUGUGAUUUUCUGGAGUUUUGUUUUAGAUUCCGUCUCUCACAGUUGAAGUGUACCUAUGAUACAAAUUACAGACCUCUACAUGCUUUGUAAGUAGGAAAACCUGCAAAAUCGGCAGUGUAUCAAAUACUUGUUCUCCCCGCUGUAUAUGUGUGUAUAUAUGUGUGUUUGUAUAUGUAGCAGCUUGAUUUCUGAAUCAUGUCAAUGCAUAACUAGAAAUGGGAAGUGUCUUGAUCCUUGAUUUACACAGUGCACUGCAUAGCCUACAUGGAGGAAUUGAAAAUAUGCUUAAAACCCUUAAUUUGAUAUUUGUUCUGAUCAGUUUAAUGUUGGCCAACUUGGACUUGUUAAAUAGCCUUAUCUUAUGUAUUUUUGUUGCUUCAAAGCGCUUUGAGAUUCUUUAGGUAAUCAAUAGCGCUAUAAAAGUUUUUAAUUUAUUAUCUUCUGCCAGUGGUUUAGCUAGUACUCACUGAUAUUUUGCCCUGGCCUGUAGCACAACCUCUCCUCUGACUCUCACAGAGUGCUGUCUACAACAGUGUUGCUACUGAGCACUCCCUCAGCGUAUGUGUACUCUGAUCUGCUAAUCAUGGCUCUUCUAUCAGGGGACUCUGACAGUAGUGAUGAUGGCCAGACCCAUGCUUUAUUCACCUCUUUGCUUCUCGGCAGCGGCGGUGCACAUUCAGUCACUGCACUCAAAAUCAUGGUUCCUCCCUCUUGCCAUCUGUCUCAAUUGGACUGCUUAAAUAUACAUGGAAGGAGGAGGAGCCAACAUUGAAUGGACUUCUUCCACCACUCUCUUUAGGAUGUGGAUAGUCAACAAGGCUAAGAUAUGUUCAGUUUGUUAUGUGUUACGUUUAAGAAUGAAUGCUUUAUAUGUAUGAGUAGCAGCAGCCAUCCAUUGUAUCCCUGGCUGCUUUAGGCUUCUCUCAGACCAGAUAGCUUGGAUAACAGCCAUUGCAGCCAGCCCAGGUGAUGACCUCUGGAAGACUGCAUUGUGUGCCAGAUGUUCAAUCCCCUGUCAUUAUCAAUUAGUGAAAAAGCGCUUCAAAUAAUUUCUGCAAGAGUGCCCUGCCUGCCUGCCUAGAAGAGACCUACUGUGCACAAGCUGGUAAUUAUUUACAGAAUAACUAGCUCUGAAAAUCCCAUCUUUAUGAAUGUAGCCUAGGCUUUUUUAUUUUUAAAUUUUUAGAGGUUCUGGCUGUUCCAACUGUUAUUUUAGAAGCUAUUUCAUUCAUCCCCCCCCCCCCCCAGACCAUGGUGUCCUGAAAUGUACCAUGGAAACCGGUGAUUGAUUUAAAGUCCAAGUAUUAUAACCAGUUGCACUUUUAAGCCUUGUUUUGAUGUCAGUUACUGCUUUUGGCGGGUCAAUUAGGUAGUUGUAAUUAUCAGGGCCAUAUAUCAUGUUGUACAUUAUUGCCAGUAGCAGGGCUCUACGCUGAUCUUUUUUACAAGGAGCACAUGUGCACCUAAGUAGAUUUAUUUUUUUGGAACACUAUCAGAGAACCUUGGAGUAGGUUAUUCUGGCUGGAAUUGUUACACUCCUGCCAUGUAAAAAAUUACUGACAUGGCAGAUUCGGAUGGGACAAAAAAUUACAGUUGGGCUUGUGCACGUAAUUACAUUACCGACCACCCCCAGUAAAAAUAAUCCUGUCCGAAUAGGGCUGAAGAAAUGUAGGAGCGCAUUGAAAAAUAUAUUUAUAUUCAAAGCCAUUUGGAUUGAUACGAGGGUCGAUGAUGACAUUGAGUGGCAAGGAACAACAAAGGAAUCAUGCUAUUGGGAUUGGGACUUGGAUGUGGGAUUCUGGGAAAGGGAAUGCAGUGAUAUUAGACUUGACCUUGGGCAGGGAUUCUUCUAAAUCCCUAUUGCUGUAUUCUUUGUGUGACAGUCUGAUAGUGCUAAUAAAUACUACACGCUAAGUGUGUUCUGUGUUAUUCCACCCUUUGUUUCCAUCAUUCCAUAGUAGUGUACAACUGAAGCAUUUACCAUUCCUUUGUUCAUGGCCUUGUUUUGUCAGACUUCAGAAAGGCGUUGACUAAAAUGCAAUAUCAGUAUACAUUAGUAUUGGAAGGAUUAAGAUGUUGAUGAAAUAAAGGUUAUCUGUUGGGUUCUGUUAGCCUGUUGAAUCAUGCUUACCUCUAUAGACUUUGAUCUUUGCUAUGCUGAUGUAGGCCUACAGCUAAUCUACUUGUCUGAUUUAUAAUUUGCAGAAUAAUAAAAUAGCCGUGUCGACUAGCCUACUAGUCUUAGUUGAUUGUAAAUCAAGUUAUUGUAAAAUGGUCGCACUAUAGAGCCCUGCCUGACCACCGAGAAAUAGGGGAAGUUUGAGAACUCUCAUCACCUUGGGUAUGAUGAUCAUCAAAAUUAUUGGCAUGGUCUGCUGCUGUUUUCACAGUUGACCUUUCUCAUUCAACUGAUAAAAUAGCACCCUUAUGACUCAGAGCACAGCCCUAUUGAAGAGCACCGUCCUUCAGGGCAGACUAUGCCAACAUACAGAGCAGUCUAUGCCAAAUUGACAACCCACAGAGCACAGCCAUGCCAACUCUGGAUAGCUGGUUUCCUUAUUGUUCAGUGCCCACUGGUACACAGACUAGAGAAUCAACAGAAAUCUGCAUUUUCAAAACACGGACAAAAAAACAAAUGUACCUGUAUUUUAUAUUGAAAGUGUUUUCUUGCUUCAAUAAAGUGAUCAGUGGUGUGCAACUAUAGUUAUCCUUCACACAAAAUACAUUAGUGCAACACAUUCGGCAGAAAGUAGCAAAAAAAAUUGGCUAGCAGACACAAAUAAAUUAGUUUACAAUAAAAAAGCAAGGUAUUUUUUGCUAAAAUAUAUUUGUUUAUCAUAGAAUGUAGCCAACUAAAUGUCCUAAUGUUUUGCUUGAAGUUAAUCUUGAAUUUUUCCAGCGAGAAGUAGCUCCACAUCAGUCAGAGCACUGUCUGCUGAUAUAAUGCCUGUUUGGGAAUGACGACGAGAGCAAAGGUUUCUCAUCCGAGUGGAGAAGUGCAACUGAAGCACAACAUUUUGUCUGAAGCAAGCAGAAAUUACAAUAAGAAGCAUUUUAGAUCUGUGUUUACAAAACGCAGCCAGAUAUUUCUUAUGUGUUUUUAUAUAUCUUUUUUCUGCAUGAGAAAUGCAGAAUUCUGCGUUAAUGUGACUCCUGGACGCACACACAAUCAAUAACCGUCAGAUAAAUGGGUGCAUCUAGCGGUAAGGCCUAGUCGGCAAUCACCUCUUAAAUCGUGGUGUGAUGUGAUCACAUUUUAUCCUAAGCCAAUUGCCUCGAUUGUGUUAUUGUUCCAACAGUGUACUUACUACUGAUGAAACACCGCAAUGAGAAUGAUAAAGCGCAAUGUCUAGCACGAUACACAAAUUACACACUCAGAAACCAGCUAUUAAGAGUAAAAAAUAUACAGUAUGGAAAAUCAAUGUGUUAGAUUGCACUACAGUCAUUUAGCAGAGGCUCUUAUCCAGAACAAAUGUACACCUUUCAUGUUGCCAGCCAUGAACCCUCUGCCCCUGCCUGGGGUGUAUGACAAAUGGGAGCAACCAAUGCAGUGUUUUAUCUGCAAUGUUGUGAACGAUUCACCUCACUGAAUAAACCCGUGAGACUUUUCCCCUGCAGUCAGUGUAUGACCGGGUGAUUACCGCUUGCAUGGUGAUGAAAUCAGUGUUCAUUGGUCAGGUGGUGCCCAGGGCACUUAACAUUCACAGCAGAGUCCAGGCCAAAGCCCCACGCCUCUUUCCUCUAGCUAUCUGCUGCUGGUAACCAAUUCUGACUGCUCUGUUACAUCAGUGUCAAAUCCACCAACCGCUGAUAAAAAAGAACAACCGUUUCCGUUCGUUAUAUUCCUCAUUGCUGAUUUUGUGUAGAAUUUAUUGACUAGGCUAUCUCUAGAUUUGAUGUAGGUUCUUCUCAUGCUGCUCUCUCAAAUGGUUCCCUUUCUCUUGCUAAAAAAUAGGCCUACUUUCUACUGUCUGCAAAUAGCAACAGGUGGAAAUUCCCCAGCCUUAGGAUCACCUAGGCUACAUGUUGACUGAUAUAAGGAAUGCAUUGGAUGUUCCUCCAUUAGGUUACAUCUUUUAGGAUGUUUUCUAGUUACCAUGGGGCUCUGUGCCUUUAGGUCACCCUGUCGUAGGUGCUAUGUUGAAGCAAAGGCUGGAAUUGAUCUUCUCUUCCAAUGCUCUCCUUGCUUUCCUCGUUGUUGAGAAGGAGAUGAGGAGCAGGGACAUGAGGAAUGCACUGGAGGAGAAGAAGCCCAGGAAUCAAGGAAAAUACUGCUGUGUUUUGUUUACUGGUCUGGGUGAGACAACGUGAUCCUGGGUCGGCAGGUAGCUUAGUGGGUAAGAGCGUUGUGCCAGUAACCGAAAGGUCGCUGGUUCUAAUCCCCGAGCCGACUAGGUGAAAAAUCUGUCGAUGUGCCCUUAAGCAAGGCACUUAACCCUAAUUGCUCCUGUAUGUCGCUCUGGAUAAGAGCAUCUGCUAAAUGACUAAAAUGUAAAUGUAAAUGUAAUGCUCCCAGUAGACUAAGAGGCUUACCGUGGCUGAUGACCGUGGCUGGCACCUCAGGUUAAUCCCAAGUACCAUCAAUUGGCUCCUGAGUGUACACUAUGUUUUCCUGUAGGAUGAUCCUUGAGACGCACUAAAGCCCUCUUAAAUUGAUUUUGUGUGAAGUAGUGGAUAAGAUGUGUUGAAACCAUGAGACCAAAAAGGCCACUGAUUUGAUUAUUUUAUUAAUUCAAUUAUUUGAGCCCUGUUGUUUUGAAGCCCUUGUCAGUUGAUUUCAUAUGAAUUGUUAUCAGCCAAUUCUGAGGGAACCGGGAGAAGUGAAAUGAGUUUGGGACUGCCUGGAGAUUUGGCUGCACAGACAACUGUUACUCUGUCCUGCUUUUUACUGUUCUGUUGGACAGUCGUUGGUAUGGGAACUGAAGUUGGCUGCUUGAAUCUGGGUCAUCUCUCUACUCUACAUGUGGUAGGAUCUCCCUACAGGGGGAACCAAGGGCUCCAGACUAAACGGUCACCGUGACAUGACCAGGCUGCCUCAUAGUGAUCCAAUUUACAUUUUAGUCAUGGGUGUUGGUGGCGGGAAGGUAGAAGAGUGGGGUUACUGGGAGAGUUGAACAGGUGAAACACCUGAUGAAAAUGAGGAUGUUUUUAACUCUGGCUGGGUGUCACAUUAUAAUAAUAUACCUGUAAGGCUUGUUGGAGAAUGGGUCAAUACAUUCUAUUGAUGCAACAGAGGUCAGCUGCAUUAUUGUGACCUCUCCUUAUCUUUCUGGCUCUCAGUAGUGUGAUGAGAAGAGCUGGCUUUAGACACAGAUGCUCUUUACUGUCAUAUGAAUGUUCUCGUCCCUAUCCGCCCUCUCUGACUGUUCUUCUAUUGGGUGUCUGUUAUGCAUUCAUAAUACUGACCUCUCUUUUUCGCUCCUAUUUUCUUGCUCUCUUUCUCUCUACUUCUCCCUCUACUUUCUCUCUCCUCACUCAUAUUCUCCCCUCUCUCUCUCUUUCCAGAUGCAGUUUAGAACUGACUGGUAACCCUUCUGCAGGCGUUCCUCUCGUCUCGUUUUUGGAGCCAGAGCUUUUGGGGGGCAGAGUCCUGCGUUAGUGGCAGAGCCUCCAUCCCCCAGUUAGCCGGAGUCGUCAUUGUGCAUCGGAACACUGUCGCUGUCGGAAGUGUGUGUCUGGUGUUGGUUGGAUUGAACUGAUCUUCUGACCGGGGAAACCGCAGCAGCUGCAAGCCUCGCCCUCUGCUCGACCACCCCUGGCCCCGCCUACAUCUCCCUGCCUCCACCAUGGUGCUGUCACAACGGCAACGAGACGAGCUGUGAGUAACGCACACACACGACCAACAAUGUUAAAACACAGACACACAAUCCACAAUGUUGUUGCAAUAACUAGCUGAGCUGCUGUUUCUUUGAUAUCCACCACCAGCUGUUCUUUAGAGCAGCCCUGAAUAACACAGCCAUGUGACAUCAGCAGUACCUGUGACGGUCAGGGACUGUGGCUGGUGAAUGUCUUUAGUACGUGGGCUAGAAGCCACAUGAGCUCAAUACAUGCAUCUGUGUUCAAAAAGGAGGGAAAGCAGGUGAACACUGAAAAUUGUGUUCCUUCCUAUCCCCCCUGCGAAUUGCAAACCUUGUUAACCAUUCGAUCCAUUCCAGAGACUAAAAGCAACAGCUCUAGCUAGUAGUUAACAUUGUUCUCGUCAGACAGACAUGGAUGCAGUGAAGGAAAAUGCCCACUCACUCACAGCACAAGAUGUGCGUAGAUAAUUUUUUGGUGUCUAACCAACCCUGCGGUGUCUGUAACCCUGCGGUGUCUAUGAACUUGGGAAUUAACCCCUGAGGCGGGGAUAAGAGGGUUAACACAGCCCUGUGUCUGAUCAGAUACAUGAUGAGAAGUGUGAGAGAGAAGGUUACGAUAUAUGGGGAGGGGGUGUGUGUGAGAGUAGGGCUGUUGCCGUGACCGUAUUACCGCCACACCGGCGGUCACAAGUCAUGAAGGCAGUCAAAUUCCAUGUGAACGUUUAGUCACGAUAAUUAGGCUUCUCCAAGCUCUGAUGCUGCUGAUUUGUCAUUAGUAGCCUACCAAACUUGCUAACUGCCUGGUACUCAGCACUCUUGUCCCUCUAAUCACUCUGACAUCAAUGCAGAUGUCUUCGAAAAUCUCAUCAAACAAUUGAUGAGAGCCCAUGAGCUCAUGUUGCGCAACAUUUCAAUAGGCUAUGCAAUUGUGUGAGAAUAGAGUGAUGUCCUCUACUGAAAAGAGGAGGAUCAGCUUUCUAUAGGCUAGGCCUACUAGAUUUAUUUUUCAACUUUCCAAAAAUUAAGCACAUUGCUUAUAUUUACAACAGGAGUAUAGCCUACCUGGCUGGCAUGAAAAUAAACCACGGGGAAAAGCGCAUAGAUUACAUGUAUUUUUUCCCGCUGCCCCUGUUUCGAUACAGGUGCAUGAUAAUGGUCCAUUCUAAAUCAAAACAAAUUUCUCACAUAUUAUUUAGUAUAUGUAAAGACACGAUUCAAUCAAGAGUAGUCUGAUGGGUGACAAUAUUAGCUUAUCACUUGUGAAUUAUAUAUUAUCACUUGUGAAUGAUGCCCAGCAUAAGAAACUUUUUUUUGCAACUUUUUCUAAUCAUAGUCUCACACCUCAUGUAGCCUAGCCCAUAGGCCUAUAUGUUUUAAUAAGGUUUGUGUCAGAACUGAAGUGGCCAAAUAACUUCUUAAAAUUAAGCACGUUAAUCCGCUUUACAAGGGGUGUAGAGUUAAUUUUUUUUUACAUAAGCAGCGAUUGAGUUUCAAGUUUGGGGAAGAUAAUUUUCACCAUAAAAAUGCGCCUUUAUAAUAAAAGCAUUACAUGCAUAAUCGCAUUUGUGGUCACUUUUGAUAAUGGUGUUUUCCCGCUAAUGGAACAUUCUUGCUUAAAGCCUACUGCCGUGUGCUCAUUGCUGCACUUAUAAUGUGAAGAAAUAGCCUAAUAGUAUCUGAGGUUGGCUUGGGGUAUGGGGAUUACAGAUCUAUAGGAGAGCAGAGGGGAGAGAUGCGUUUAAUUAACACUCAGUAAUCUCAGGGGUUGCGUUAAUGCAGAAGUCUGCGUGGAAAAAAGAGAACGCAUAUCUAAAAUGCUUGUUAUUGAAAUAAUAAGCACUCGUUGUCAAUAAAAUUGUUUCAUUCGCGAACCAGCAUUCUAUCAGCAGACAGCACUCUGACUGACGUGUAGACACUUUUCUCCAGUAACUUCAAACAAAACAUUAGGAAAUGUAGCUGGCUACAUUCUUUCUAUGAUAAACAUUAGAAAUAUGAUGAUCAUGUGUAGUUAUUGCAAAAAAAUACCUUGCUUUUUCAUUGUAAGCUAAUUUACUUUUAGCAAGCUAUGUGAGGCUGCUAGCCAAAUAGCAUUGCACUUCUGUUGUCAUCUGAUGAAAAUGAAGCUAUUUUCUACCGAAUGUGUUGCAGUAAUGUUUUUUUCUGCGAAGGAAAACUAGUUACGCCCCUGAUCACUCUAUUUAAGCAAUAAUAAAAAAAAAAACAUUUAACCUGUGUUUUAAUAUUGACAUUUUAAGAUGCAGAUUUUUUUAUGGUCUGCGUUUUGAAAAUGCUGAUUUCUGAAACCUAACGUGACCCCUGAUUCUAAUGAAAAUAUUGAUGUGUUAGCAAGAGUUAGCCUAACCAUGAAUUUAUUUGGAUUGAUGAACUAGGUUAGUGCUGUUACCAUAUCUGUAAUGAGAUGGGUUGACUAUAAAUGUGGUGGUCCUUCACAUGACAGAACAUAACACUCGUCAUACUCUUGACAAUGUGUUUCUGUGUUUUAGUUUAGCCUCACAGACGCAGGGCCAGCCGAACUCUCAGUAUCGCUAUCGAGUGUUCCGUUGGAAUUCUAAUCCUCCAUGCUCCUUAUUCAGAACACUGAGCAGGCUCCUCACAUUCUACUCCAUUAUGUAACGCCUGGACGGACACACACGCACACACACACAAAAUACAGGAACCAGUAUGGGACCAUUGCCCCAUGUGAGCUGCCAGGCCGACGAGGAGCGGCAUCUGUUGCAUUGCAUCUAAUGGGGCGUCCUUUGGCCCUAGUGUUUUAAGAGGAGGCUCUUGACAGUAAAACACUGUGUGACCGACCAACUGCCGCUCCCGCUCUGUCUGUGUUCUGUGAAACCUGGUGGGAAACCGGGCGGCCAUCUUGAGUCCUUACAGCUAAAACAAUGGACUGACUGGGGGGAAAUGGUGACUGUUACCAGCUGACUGCCCGCCUGCCUCCUCAGUACUCUAUGACCCCCGUUCCCCUCCCUCACCUUCUUCAUGGUUUAUUUGUUGUCAAGCUGCACACAAAUAGUUCUUGUUCCCGUUCUAUUGAAAACUUCCGCACCCCCUCCAUAUAUUUUUGUGUCCCAACUCAACUGUCAGAUUGAGCUGGAGAGAGAAAUGUGUGAAAGCUUCUUUAAAUUGCUAAUGCUUUUUGGAAGAGAGUCUAGUAGAACAAGGAUGUUUGGCUCACUGGUGAUAUAAGACAUGCCACCAUAGAGAUUGUUAGUUCAUGGAGAAAGAAUGGGGAAGACAUUUCUGUGUGCUUGUUUUUAGACUUAAUAUACUUUUUUUUAACAAACUUUGUGGUUCUUGGAGAUAAAUUUGCAAUAGCUACUGAAUUCCUCACUGUUACAGUGAGGGGGGAAAAAGUAUUUGAUCCCCUGCUGAUUUUGUACGUUUGCCCACUGACAAAGACAUGAUCAGUCUAUAAUUUUAAUGGUAGGUUUAUUUGAACAGUGAGAGACAGAAUAACAACAAAAAGAUCCAGAAAAACGCAUGUCAAAAAUGUUAUAAAUUGAUUUGCAUUUUAAUGAGGGAAAUAAGUAUUUGACCCCUCUGCAAAACAUGACUUAGUACUUGGUGGCAAAACCCUUGUCAUGUUUUGCAGAGGGGUCAAAUACUUAUUUCCCUCAUUAAAAUGCAAAUCAAUUUAUAAAAUUUUUGACAUGCGUUUUUCUGGAUUUUGUUGUUGUUAUUCUGUCUCUCACUUGUCAAAUAAACCUACCAUUAAAAUUAUAGACUGAUCACGUCUUUGUCAGUGGGCAAACGUACAAAAUCAGCAGGGGAUCAAAUACUUUUUUCCCUCACUGUAGAUGUAAAUGAUCUAUCUGUCUGUCACCUUAUUCUGAAAACAUAAAUAUUUUUUGUCGUAAGUGUCAAGCCUAUUUGUCAGAUGUAACAAUUAUUAAUUUUUUCACAACUAGUCCUUUUCUAUUCUUAUUUCCAGAAGCAAUGAAAAGCACAUUUGUUUUUCCUGGGUCACUGGAUUCAAGCCCAGAGACCACGGCGGUAAAAAUAGAUGUUCCCCCUGCCCCAGACCUGCUGGCAGGAGGCAGACAUGUGCAGAUGGGCCAAGUUCAAGCUUCUUCAUUUUUUCCUGCUUCACAAAGAACUUCUCUUUAGUCUUUUCCAGGUCUUUUAGUCAAAUAUUUUUCAUGUGACUGUGUUCCUUCUCAGCUGCCCCCACUAGCUGUGACUGCUCUGACGUAGGUGCAUCAUGAAUGUUACAGAUUAUUAACAGUGAAAGUACAUUGUACAGUCUGAGGCUAAUGGUACAGAAUAGCACUGAGGACAGAACAGAGUGACACUCAUACAGAUCUUUGAUCCGCUUCUAUGUGACCGACUGGAAAAGGAGGCCAAUUUUAAAUCAAUGUCAUUUUUCAGUCUUGAUUGUUACUUAACUCUUUGAUUCAUUUUAGGUUCUAUGGCUUUUAUUUUUGGGGUAGCUAAGCUCCUCGUCUCUCCCUGUGGAAUUGUCAGGUGACUUUCCUGAAUAUGUUAAAAAUGGAGACGUCAUCAAAUGUAUGACAAUUAACACAUUCUGUUGGCAGGUACGUUGCUGUAAUGGUACAACAAGCUCAAUCACUCCCUGUACUCUGUAUUGGGUGUGGCAGCUGGCUUCUAUAGGAAAUUGCUCACGUGUCCAUCUUGUCUACACACACUCCUGUGGCGUGCUCCUGGUGUACUGUGUAUCCAGUGUGGCUAGGUGGGCCGGCAGGGGUCCAUCAUCAAUAUGGAUCUAAUAUCCAGCCCGUCAGACAGACACAGACGGAUUGUGUAGGGACACCACUGUUCUAACUUCACUGAAAAAUGCUGGUGCUCAGACUGCCAUGAAAACAUAGCAUACAUUUCUCAGAGCAUAUUUCUUGAAACCUGUUCCUGUUGUGUUGUUACAGAGGAUGUUUUUAAGUCUGCUUGUUGAACCUUGUGCAUGAAACGUGGAACAAAUGUGCUUUGUAUGCAUUACACAAGCAUGUAGUGUAUUUUAGCAGGCUAAUUUAACUGAACCUGGCUUUUGUGGGUCUUUCUGCUAGCCCUCUUUGCUGCUGAAAGCUGAAUACAUGAGUUGGUAAUCUAAAGCCUCCUGAAUCCUGGUAGGUUAACUCCGCUCUCCCUUUCUCCUCACCCUCUCUCCCUCUCUCUUGCUCGCUCCUCUACCCCAUUUCUCUCUCUCUCUCCCACCCUCUCUUUUUCUCUCCCUCUCCUCCUGUAGUCUUACUCAGGCUGAACAAUGUAAAGGCCGGUUGGUUUAGUCUGUGCCCUUGACUCCUGAGAGGUGUGGCUCUGUAGAGCCCACCAAAUCCCAUUUAUGCCUGCUGCUAGUGGAAGAGGCCGUUUGUUGUAUGAAGAAUUAGCUCUUCAUACUCCAUCUACAGCAGAUUGUGUUCACCAUGCAUAUUAUGUGUGUGGCGUGUAUUUACAGCUGACUCAACAGUUUUCAAGCUAGACACACACAAACACACACCUCACCUCCAUGUGUUGUAGAGCUCACUGACUCUCCUCCAACUAGAACAUCAGUACCAUGUCAUUGCCUCUGUAUGUGGUGUGGAAACUGACUUGGCUGGUACUGGUAAAUACUAUGGUCAGAAUUACCUUCAUAUCAGUCCCUUUCCCUGUGCAGAUUCACAGCUUUUUAGAUAGCCGUCUGGAGUUCUGUCCUACCCUGAGGGAUGAACCAUGCUGUUAUCCUCUAAUGUGAUCCCAAACCAGUCAAUUCCAUUUUAACUGUAGCCUCCACUGCUAAAGGGGGUGCAUUAGCUGGCUGAGUAUAGACCGUGACAUACCCACCUAUCUCACAGACAGAUAAUAAGUUAACCAGGCCUACUUUAUGGUGUUGUUGUUAUUAUUAAAAGCGCGGAGGCUAAAUGAAGGGCAUAAAACCAUGAUAUGUAUCAAUUUAUCCUCUAUUUGAAUUUAAUUCAACCUUCUCUUAGUAAAUGGGUUUGUGGAUUAAUUGGCUAGUUAAGUGAUUGAUCGCUGCAGGUAUGAAGACUGUUAAUUACCACUGUCUAAUUACCAAGACAUGGGGCCAGUCUCAAAUUGUACCCUAUUCCCUAUAUAGUGCAAUACAUUAGGCCAGAGCUUCCUAUUCCCCAUGCCAGAGCCCUAUGAGACACUGGUCAAAAGCAGUACACUAAUAUAGAAUAGGGAGCUAUUUUGGAUGCAAGCCUGGAGUAGCCCAACCCCACCUAUCAGAUGCAUUCAGCUGGACAGAAUUCGUAAGACUGACUGGUCUUUUUCAUGGACAUUUUAGGGUUGCCCCCAGGGAUACAACCGUAAAGACCCAAUCCUGUUUUAUGAGUGGUUCAAACCCCUGAAGGUUAGUAGAGGCAACUAGUCCUCUCCUACACAUUCUCAGUGAACUGUUGAAUACAGUACAUACAGUGAGGGGAAAAAAGUAUUUGAUCCCCUGCUGAUUUUGUAUGUUUGCCCACUGACAAAGACAUGAUCAGUCUAUCAUUUUAAUGGUAGGUUUAUUUGAACAGUGAGAGACAGAAUAACAAAACAAAAAAUCCAGAAAAACACAUGUCAAAAAUGUUAUAAAUUGAUUUGCAUUUUAAUGAGGGAAAUAAGUAUUUGACCCCUCUGCAAAACAUGACUUAGUACUUGGUGGCAAAACCCUUGUUGGCAAUCAGAGGUCAGACGUUUCUUGUAGUUGGCCACCAGGUUUGCACACAUCUCAGGAGGGAUUUUGUCCCACUCCUCUUUGAAAGUCAUUAAGGUUUUCGAGGCUAACGUUUGGCAACUCGAACCUUCAGCUCCCUCCACAGAUUUUCUAUGGGAUUAAGGUCUGGAGACUGGCUAGGCCACUCCAGGACCUUAAUGUGCUUCUUCUUGAGCCACUCCUUUGUUGCCUUGGCCGUGUGUUUUGGGUGAUCGUCAUGCUGGAAUACCCAUCCACGACCCAUUUUCAAUGCCCUGGCUGAGGGAAGGAGGUUCUCACCCAAGAUUUGACGGUACAUGGCCCCGUCCAUCGUCCCUUUUGAUGUGGUGAAGUUGUCCUGUCCCAUUAGCAGAAAAACACCCCCAAAGCAUAAUCUUUCCACCUCCAUGUUUGACGGUGGGGAUGGUUACUUUGGGGUCAUAGGCAGCAUUCCUCCUCCUCCAAACAUGGCGAGUUGAGUUGAUGCCAAAGAGCUCCAUUUUGGUCUCAUCUGACCACAACACUUUCACCCAGUUCUCCUCUGAAUCAUUCAGAUGUUCAUUGGCAAACUUCAGAUGGGCCUGUAUAUGUGCUUUCUUGAGCAGGGGGACCUUGCAGGCGCUGCAGGAUUUCAGUCCUUCACGGCGUAGUGUGUUACCAAUUGUUUUCUUGGUGACUAUGGUCCCAGCUGCCUUGAGAUCAUUGACAAGAUCCUCCCGUGUAGUUCUGGGCUGAUUCCUCACCGUUCUCAUGAUCAUUGCAACUCCACGAGGUGAGAUCUUGCAUGGAGCCCCAGGCCGAGGGAGAUUGACAGUUCUUUUGUGUUUCAUCCAUUUGCGAAUAAUCGCACCAACUGUUGUCACCUUCUCACCAAGCUGCUUGGCGAUGGUCUUGUAGCCCAUUCCAGCCUUGUGUAGGUCUACAAUCUUGUCCCUGACAUCCUUGGAGAGCUGUUUGGUCUUGGCCAUGGUGGAGAGUUUGGAAUCUGAUUGAUUGAUUGAUUGCUUCUGUGGACAGGUGUCUUUUAUACAGGUAACAAGCUGAGAUUAGGAGCACUCCCUUUAAGAGUGUGCUCCUAAUCUCAGCUCGUUACCUGUAUAAAAGACACCUGGGAGCCAGAAAUCUUUCUGAUUGAGAGGGGGUCAAAUACUUAUUUCCCUCAUUAAAAUGCAAAUCAAUUUAUAACAUUUUUGACAUGUGUUUUUUUGGAUUUUGUUGUUAUUCUGUCUCUCACUGUUCAAAUAAACCUACCAUUAAAAUGAUAGACUGAUCAUUUCUUUGUCAGUGGGCAAACGUACAAAAUCAGCAGGGGAUCAAAUACUUUUUUCCCUCACUGUACAGGGAUCAUGGAGAGAGGGAGAGCGAGAGCUCAUGCUCCACAUAAUCCUUUGUUAAAGAAAAAUUUGUAUUUUAAAUUUCCCCCUCCCUUGUUUUUCUCCUUUCCUCCCUCCCCCUCUCAGCGGGCAGAGUAGCUCCUAUGCGCUACACUAGUGCUGCUCUUCCAUGGCUUCCACUUGGCCGAACAUGGUUUUGUGAUCUUAACCGCCAGACAGACAUCUUACCGCUCUACUAAGCCAUGUAUGCCUCAGACUCAGAGCAGCCAAGCACCGGCCACUAUGGGCAGUAAAGAGUCCCAUUCCCUGUCCAAGGAUAGCAGUGGUAUAGAACUGAAGUAAUUAAGAAGCCCACCUCCUCUCUCUUGCUCUCUCUCCUGUGUGUGUGUUGCUUUUAUUCUAUUGUUUAUUUAUUGAAUGUCUCUAGCUCUAUGUAAUGAGUCUUUCUCUGCCUGCCAGUCACAGUAGCCUUGUCUUUUAUAACUGUACUGAGCCCUCUCCUCCACCCUACUGUUUGUUUGCACUGAGGUUCAGUUCACAGGCCAGGGAGAGAAGCACCAUAACACUGAGCCAGAACAGGCCCAGGCUGUGAUAUCAUGCUCUAUAUACGGCAGCAGGCAGGCAGCGCAGGGCAACUCAUACACAUUCAGCCUAUUCAGAGGUAAACAACGGUCUACCACAUAGAAGCCUUAAUACACCAAUACCACUCUUGGGUUCAAAUAAUACUAUAUUCUCUUUCAAAUACUUUAGCUGUGCUUGAUUGAGAUUGCCUGGCGAAAUGGAAUAGUCCUAAAAGUGCAAAUUCCGCCCAUCCGGCACUCCAGGCAGGUAAGAAAACAAAUACUAGCUAGCUUAUUUUGAAACCAAGUCUGCAGGGCAUACCUACACACACACACAGCAACACAUAACCAGAAUAUACGAUCAAAGACUUGACCUACAUACAAAUGGAUAUAAAAUUCUAUAGACAAGGGAAUAGAAUUCUAUAUCUGACAAGGUUCCUCAGAGUUCAGACAUUGCUUAUAAAACAUUCAAUGAUAUAUAGGCUAGUGUUUAAAUAUUCAGCAGGUCUAUACGUCUUCUUGUCGACUGCUGUGAUGUAAAGUGUACCUUAGAAACCUUGUUACAGACAGAUGCAGCGCCGUAGGCUAGAUGGUGUCUUUGCUGGCGAGCAGAAAAGCUGGUUUUAUAGCCUAGAUUGAUUGACCAGUAAUAAGAAAGAUAAGUAGCCCAUGGCUUGGUAAUGUUUGGUACAGUCCAGACUGAGCGAGUAUAGACUAUUUCUGAAAUGUGUGAAUGUCUUUUACUCUAUGGGCUGUUGUAAGGUAUAAGACUGGGCAGUAUGUAUCAAGUGUCUCAGAGUUGGAGUGCUGAUCUAGGAUCAGGUCCCCCCUGUCCAUGUAAUAUUAUUCAUUAUGAUCGAAAAGGCAAAACUGAUUCUAGAUCAGCAAACCUACUCUGAGAUGCUUGAUACAUGUAGCACCAGGUCUCAGUAGAGCUUUGCUUCUAAAUGAAUUGCAUAGUGAAUUAGUGAUUGUGCAGUGUGAAAGCUGUGCAGCAGCAGAAUGGCUGCUCAGUGGUUGUGAUCUUGAAGCAGAUGUACGUGGUGCGGAUCUAGCUCAACAGGAAGUGAUGUCAUCAACAGACAGGCAGGCUGGCUGGCAGCAGGCUAGCACUGUCUCAGAGGGAUGAGGUAAUGCAGCUGGUCUCUCUCUCUCUGUCGGUCUCAUUCUCUUCCCCUCUCUCAUCCGCUGUGAUUUCUGUCUCUCUCUGUCAUACUGAGCUACCGCCCUGUUUGGUUUAUUCUUCAUGGAACAGCUCUCACUGUACUGUCUCAUAUCUGUGCCAUUUGAAUACCAGCAUUUACCCCUCUGCUGCAUUCAGCCUAUGUUUAGGGUUGUUUUUAUACGUUUUGUGUAGAACUUGUCUACUCUCCUAUGGGUGCAAUAGCUGGUGAAAUCCUCAUUAGAUGAGAAGUUUUUCGGGAUCAUGGAGUUUUUUUAUAGAAAGGGUAGGGUUGGGGAUUGGCUGUCUUCUGGUAAGCAGCAUGACAGUCCAUUUGCCAGUCACUGUUAAGAUGGAUAGUUGUUUAGAUGGAGAGUUGAUAUGUGUGAUAUCGGUGUCUGUUGAAUUUGUAAACAAUAGUCGGUAGAUAGAGCAUGUACUCUGAGCGAGGAUGUCUUUUGUUGCCUCUGGCCAUGGCGGCCCACACUGAUACCAACCAACCACACACUGCUUCCUCUCACUUUGUCUCACAGUGGGCUGCUAGCCUGCUUGCGCUCUCUGUUAGUCCUAUCUUCCCCUUUCUCUAUCUCCUUUCUCUAUCUCCCACCCUCUUUCUCCCCCCCUUUUUAAAUGUCUCUCCCUUUUCUCUUUCCCUCUGUUUUCUCUUCCUCCUUUUUUCUCUCUCCCCCUUUCUCCCUCAUCUGUUCUUGCCGCGUAGUGAAUUUGGUAUGUGUUUUAUUUAUAUAUUUUCCCCCCGGUGGUCGAGCCAGGGUGAGGAGGGAAAAGCUGGGAUCUCUCUGUAGUCAGUCUGACUCUGCAGUACUGCAGCAUCUUGACUGUUGUCGACACUAGAGUGCUUUUAUUGUCCUUCCCCAUCUGUUUGUUGCUCUUAUUGUUACUUCCUGUUCCUAUCUGAGGUAGAAUAAUGAAUUGGCUUCUCAUUUCCCCCCUUCUUCCCUUGUAUGGAGUUAGCUAUAAAAGUUGUUACUGGUCAGGGAUCAGACUCCGUUAUAUGCUCAUUCCCCAUCAAGUUAGAUCUGUGCUAGUAGGAAAGUAAGUGGUGUGGGACUGUAAGGGUUUAAUGAAUCUGAAAUGAGAUGGGGUGAUGUGUAUCUCUCUAUAGGCUCUGCUAGCCCUUGUGCAGGGUCUUGUGCUUAUCUGGAGGAAAGGACAGAAAAGGCUGUGGCUGUUUUGGGUUCUUUAAUAUCUCUGUGUAGAUGACACAGAGGAUCUUUUGUUUGGCCCGUCUCAACUGAGAGGCCCACAGAAAACCAUUGUCUGCUGCAGCAAGAAGCCCCAGAGUCAGACUGACUAUUCUGUUGCAGCCCAGGAUAACACUAGUACAUUCGCACGACCAAUAUGCUUUAGGGGUUUCUGUCUCUGUCUGCUGGGCCUGGGUGACGCUAGGGAAACACGGUACAAGCCAGACACACGCGCACACAGUCGCGCGCACACACACUCGCUUGCUACUCUUCUGCACAACACACCAACCUCCUCCCCAGACCUGCAGAAGGCUGUCACAUGAGCGAUAACCUCCUGCUGACCUUCAGCUGUAAACACACUGCUUCUGUCAUCUGGGAGUAGAUGGGGAUACAGGAGGAGAGUGGGAUACAGGAGGGGUGGAAGGAGGAUGGGGGGGGGGGGGCAGGGUGGUACAGGGUGCAGUUAGGCUGCCAGGCCAGCUACAUGCUGUCCUGACACUGUCAAACACACACACCACUUUAAAGCCAGCCAGCCUCCGAGUCUCUGUGCCAAGCCCAACACCUUUUUAUUAUUUCUGGUCAUUUUUCUAUCAGGUGAAUAGCCUUACCCAAUGCCCACACACACCCAGACCCAUACAAUGCUGUGAGAGUAAGCCCUCCUUGAACUUUGACAGCUAUUAUCGAUCUUUACUACUUAAACUCACAUUUCCGUUCUCACUAUAAAUUAAUUAUGUUCAGACCAGGGUUUCUGUUUGCCGGUAAUAGCCAGCUUUUGUCCGUUAAUUGUCAGAGAGAAGAAGAAAAAAAUCCCAUCCCGCUUUUUUGCCUAUUCAUUGAUGGAAAUACCAGUCGAUGGAAAUGUAGUACAUUCGUAAGGUAUUCAGACCCCUUGACUUUUUCCACAUUUUGUUACCUUACAGCCUUAUUCUAAAAUUGAUUAAAAUACAUUUUUUCCCUAAUCAAUCUACACACAAUACCCCAUUAUGACAAAGCGAAAAUAGGUUUUUAGACGUUCUUGCAAAUGUAUUAAAAUGAAAAAACUGAAAUACCUUAUUUACAAAAGUAUUCAGACCAAGGAUGCACCGAUAUGACAUUUUUGGCCGAUACCGAUAUCCAAUAUUUUCCUUGCCAAAAAACCUGAUACCGAUAAACGAUAUUUAAAAUUUUAGCUUCCUUUUAAGCAUUCUAGUACAGUUAAAUAGUUGAAACAAAGUGUAAUUUGUUCAGUUAGGAACAGAUUGUUUAAUAACUUGUAAAUGAGAAAAAUGACAUCCAUGAAUGUAUUUUAUUGCACAACAGAUAUUCAUGACACUAAUAUUUUAGCUGCCCUGCAUUACAAAGAUGGUUCAGUUGUUGGUGGCUCUUCUUACUAUCCAAUCUUGACUGUAGGAGAAACUUAAAUGCUUUGAAAUAAAUAUUGGUUUAAACUAAAAUGCAGUUCAUCUUUUAUCUUUAACUGCUUGAAAAAAUUACUGUCUCUAGGCUGUCAUAAACUGCUAUAAAUGGCACAACUUAAACUUUUCAAAUGUGCUCAACUGCCUUGACUAAUAAAAUGCAAGCAAAUUUAUAACACAUCUUUCAUUUAGGAAAUUAAAAAAAUAAACAAAACUGCUUUGUUUUAAAUAAAAUGAAAAUCUUGAUCUAUACCAGCCAUUAAUAAACAACAGAAAAGCAUUGGGCUUAGUCAAUUUUUUUACAGUGACUCUAGAUGGCUGGGUUACGAUAUGACUGCCCAUUUACAGUUUUAACAUUUGGGGGAGGUUUUUCUUCACAAAGAGGAUGUGCUCGCUUUGUCACAAGAGAGUCGGUUUCUGUUUUUGUCUACAAUGUGUGAAGCUGCACUGAAAAGGCGCUCACUUUCUACACUAGUACAGGGAGCACCAAGCGCAACUUUAGCUAGGAUGGGGAAACGGUGCUUGUUACUUCUCCAGUAUCCAAGUGCAUCUUCAUUCCUGGGAAUAGUAGGUUCUGUCAGGUAUGCUAGUAUCGGCAAAUAAUGGAAAAGGGUGGGGGGGUUAGUACAUUUAAUACAACAUAUUGCAUUAUUGUUGCAUUCCAAAGGAUCAUUUGGCAUAGAUCAACAUUGGCAAAUGUUGGCUGAUGUAGUAACAGAAAAUGAAAAUACAACUCGUCGCUCUCUCUCACAGACACACACACACACACACACACACACACACUGACCAAAAGGUUAUUCGUUGGCAUUUACAUAUGUCCCCAUUACCAGUAAAACAUAAUCAAAACCUAUUUCUUUCACUUAUUUGCUGUGCUGUUUCGUUGUUCAUUUGUUCAGUUCCAUUCUCAACCAGGAUUUCAUCAUACAUGUCAAGCAGUGAAGUUUCAGCUCUGUCUGUCCGUGGCCCCUUCUGUCGUGGGUCCUCUUCCUUCGUGCGCACUGUCACCGUGUCCGUUUCCAUCUUGUCCAGCUGUGUCUAUAACAUUUCACGUAAACCCUGUUUCUUGUCUGCAUCGAAGUAGCGGUCCUUGUACCUAGCAUCGAGCAUGGUGUCGACACAGUAAAGAGGCUCAGAGAAUGCCACCGAAUGGCAUGUUCACAGCUUCUAGUAGAGGCUUUUGCAAGUUUUAACCCCACGGUCUGUGUUGGCAGUUUUGUUGAGCAGGCGUUUCGAUGCCAUGACAGAGGGUAUCACGUCUGCUGCAGACACAGUUGAUGAGCUUAUUUCUCGAGUCAGUUGUUCGAAUGGAGCUAGGAGUGUUCACUUUUUCAGUGAGAGUCCACUGGUUUGUACUGAUUGUUGCAGGUAACUCAUAGUCUGCUACGUACACGCCAAACACUCCUUUUUGUUCCAGCAGCCUCUCCAUGUAAAAAGUACUGUUCCAUCUGGUGGAAAUGUCUUGCUUAAGCCUUUUUUGUUUUUUCACUCCAAGCUGCUCCUGUAUUGCUUGCAGGCGGCUGUAUGCUAGCUGUGAGUGUUUAAAAUGACCCACUAUCUUCCUACCUGUUGCCACUGUGUCAGAUAUGCUGCGUUGGGCCAAAACACCUUUGUUCACAUCCAGUUGCAGCGUGUGUGCCAUGCAUGGAAAACUGACAUCUCCGCAUUCUUCCAAAGCCUUUGUCAUGUUACGUGCAUUAUCACGUAGCACAGUGUGUACUUUGUUCUUGGGGAUUUUCCAAGUUUCAAACAUGUUCUCAAAUGCCAUUGAAAUGGCAGCAGCGGUAUGAGAACCAGCACAUUCUUGAACAUGCAAUACGGCGUUCCUCAGUACGAAAUCCUUGUCGACCCACUGUGUUGUCAGACUCAGCAUGCUCAUGGGACUGACAUCGCUGGUCCAAAUGUCAGUUGUGACGCUAAUAGCAAUGACGGCCAUAGCAAGUAGCUCAUGGAUGUGCGUUUCAACAAUACUGUGUCACUCCGGUAGGGCAACAUCCGAAAAAUAGCGCCUACUUGGUAGUGUGUACCGGGGCUUGAAGUGCUCGACCAGUCGGCCAAAGCCAACAUCAUGCAUGACAGAGAACGGUUGAUUGUCAAGGGCAAUGAAUUCCAUUAUCUUGGCGUUAAUGGAUUUCGCCUUUGAGUUGUCUCGCUGAAAUGUUCUUACUCUUUCAAAUGACUGCUCGACUUGACCUUUUUUAGUUGUUGGAAGUAUGCGCUUAGUCUUUUUCUGCUUUUGUUCUAUGUAAUCUCUGAACGUCUGGGGUGAUGCACUUUAAAAUGAGUAAGUAGGUUUGUGGUAUUGUAAGAUUUCACUUUCUCCCCUCGGGAAAUAAUAACAGCAACAACGUUGCAUAUGGCCUUUCUGUUAUCUUCCUUUGAAACUUCAAAAUAAAUCCACACAGCUGACAUUAUAAUAAAAAAAUUGUAUGCCAUUUAGCAGAUGCUUUUAUCCAAAGCGACUUAGUCAUGUGUGCAUACAUUUUUACGUAUGGGUGGUCCCGGGGAUCGAACCCACUACCCUGGCGUUACAAGCGCCAUGCUCUACCAAUUGAGCUACAGAGGACCACAUUGUGGGCUAGGUUAGGAAUGCUGUGUUGCACGUGUAGCGCUGUAUUUUUCGUGACAUCAUUACGUAAUCUACCUACGUUAUACAGGCAGGCACGUCAGCUUUGACAUCGGUUUUGCACAUCGGCAUUAAACUAUACAUAGAGCCGAUGCCGGCAUUUUUAGCUAUUAUCGUCCAAUACCGAUAUAUGGUCAUCCCUAAUUCAGACCCUUCGCUAUGAGACUUGAAAUUGAGCUCAGGUGCAUCCAUUGAUCAUCCUUGAUGUUUCUACAACUGGAUUGGAGUCCACCUGUGGUAAAUUCAAUUGAUUGGACAUGAUUUGAAAAGGAACACAUCUGUCUAUAUAAGGUCCCACAGUUGACAGUGCAUGUCAGAGCAAAAACCAAGCCAUGAGGUUGAAGGAAUUGUCCGUAGAGCUCAGAGACAGGACUGUGUUGAGGCACAGGUCUGGGGAAGGGUACCAACACAUUUCUGCAGCAUUGAAGGUCCCCAAGAACACAGUGGCCUCCAUCAUUCUUAAAUGGAAGAAGUUUGGAACCACCAAGACUCUUCCUAGAGCUGUCCGCCUGGCCAAAUUGGGCAAUCGGGGGAGAAGGGCCUUGGUCAGGGAGGUGACCAAGAACCUGAUGGUCACUCUGAAUGAGUUCGAGUUCCUUUGUGGAGAUGGGAGAACAUUCCAGAAGGGCAACCAUCUAUGCAGCACUCCGCCAAUCAGGCCUUUAUGGGAGAGUGGCCAGACGGAAGCCACUCCUCAGUAAAAGGCACAUGACAGGUUCACCUUCCACCAGGACAGCGACCCUAAGCACACAGCCAAGGCAACGCAGGAGUGGCUUCAGGACAAGUCUCAAUGUCCUUGAGUGGCCCAGCCAGAGCCCAGACUUGAACCCAAUCUAACAUCUCUGGAGUGACCUUAAAAAAGCUGUGCAGCGACGCCCCCCAUCCAACCUGAUAGAUCCUGAGACAAUCCACAGGGAAGAAUGGGAGAAACUCCCCAAAUACAGGUGUGCCAAGCUUGUAGCAUCAUACCCAAGAAGACUCGAGGCUGUAAUUGCUGCCAAAGGUGCUUCAACAAAGUACUGAGUAAAGGGUCUGAAUACUUAUGUAAAUGUGAUAUUUCCGUUUUUUAAUGUGCAAAAAAAAUCUGAACCUCUUUUGCUUUGUCAUUAUGGGGUAUUGUGUGUAGAUUGAGGGGGAAAAUAUAUAUUUAAUCAAAUUUAGAAAAAGGCUGUAACGACACUGUGGAAAAAGUCAAGGGGUCUGAAUACUUUCCGAAUGCACUGUACAUUUGACUUUCCAUGCUUAUUAGUCUAUAGGUUACUUUGCAUAAUUUAGUGCAAUUAAAUUGCCGUGUGUGUACAGUAUAUUCGUUAUGUGGGCUAUCUUAUUUAUCACACGCGUACAGAUACAGAGCCCUUGAAUGGAACAUCUGUCAGACAGCACAAAAGCUGCAACUGGGAACUCUGAAAAAUACAAGGUCAAAUCAUGACGUCAGAGAUCUAAAGGUUGGAAAGAGGCCCGAGUUUCCGAGUUGGAUGACCUUUCGAAACUAUUUUUCCGAGUCGGAGCACGUUUUUUCACCAGUUGUCUUGAAUGCACUGAAGUCGGAGGUCUGAGAUUUCCGAGUUCCCAGUUGUUUUGAAUGCGGCAUGAAACUGCAACGGAAGGCAGGCUUCAUCAGCGCGUCACACCACUUUGCAAUGAGCUGGAGGCAGUAAGCAUUUUGAAAACAUGCGGUGUGUGUGUAUAUAUAUACAAAAGUACAGUACCAGACAAAGUUUGGACACUUACUCAUUCAAGGGUUUUUCUUUUCUUUUCUUUUUACUAUUUUCUACAUUGUAGAAUAGUAGUGGAGACAUCAAAGCUAUGAAAUAACACAUGGAAUCAUAUAGUUACCAAAAAAGUGUUAAACAAAUCAAAAUAUAUUUUAGAUACUUCAAAGUAGCCACCCUAUGCCUUGAUGACAGCUUUGCACACUCUUGGCAUUCUCUCAACCAGCUUCACCUGGAAUGCUUUUCCAACAGUCUUGAAGGAGUUCCCACACAUGCUGAGCACUUGUUGGCUGCUUUUCCUUCACUCUGCGGUCCAACUCAUCCCAAACCAUCUCAAUUGGGUUGAGAUCGGGUGAUUGUGGAGGCCAGGUCAUCUGCAGCAUCAUCACUCUCCUUCUUGGUCAAAUAGCCCUUACAUAGCCUGGAGGUGUGUUGGGUCAUUGUCCUGUUUAAAAACAAAUGAUAGUCCCACUAAGCCCAAACCAGAUGGGAUGGCGUAUCGCUUCAGAAUGCUGUGGUAGCCAUGCUGGUUAAGUGUGCCAUGAAUUCUAAAUAAAUCACUGAUAGUGUCACCAGCAAAGCACCAGCACACCACCUCCUCCGUGCUUCAUGGUGGGAACCACACAUGUGGAGCUCAUCCAUUCACCUACUCUGCGUCUCACAAAGACACAGCGGUUGGAACCAAAAAUAUCAAAAUUGCACUUAUCAGACCAAAGGACACAUUUCCACCGGUCUAAUGUCCAUUGCUCGUGUUUCUUGGCCCAAGCAAGUCUCUUCUUCUUAUUGGUGUCCUUUAGUAGUGGUUUCUUUGCAGCAAUUCGACCAUGAAGUCCUGAUUCACACAGUCUUCUCUGAACAGUUGAUGUUGAGAUGUGUCUGUUACUUGAACUAUGUGAAGCAUUUAUUUGGGCUGCUGUAUCUUAGGCUGGUAACUAAUGAACUUGUCCUCUGCAGCAGAGGUAACUCUGGGUCUUCCUUACCUGUGGCGGUCCUCAUGAGAGCCAGUUUCAUCAUAGCGCUUGAUGGUUUUUGCGAUUGCACUUGAAGAAACUUUCAAAGUUCUUGAAAUGUUCCAUAUUGACUGACCUUCAUGUCUUUAAGUAAUGCUGGACUGUCAGUUCUCUUUGCUUAUUUGAGCUGUUCUUGCCAUAAUAUGGACUUGGUCUUUAACCAAAUAGGGCUAUCUUCUGUAUACCCCCCCUACCUUGUCACAACACAACUGAUUGGCUCAAAUGCAUUAAGAAGGAAAUAAAUUCCACAAUUAAACUUAACAAGGCACACCUGUUAAUUGAAAUGCAUUCCAGGUGACUACCUCAUGAAGCUGGUUGAGAGAAUGCUAAGAGUGUGCAAAGCUGUCAUGAAGGCAAAGGGUGGCUACUUUGAAGAAUCUCAAAUAUAAAAUAUAUUUGGAUUUGUUUAACACUUUUUUUGGGUUAUUACAUGAUUCUGUAUGUGUUAUUUCAUAGUUUUGAUGUCUAAACUAUUAUUCUACAAUGUAGAAAAUAGUAAAAAUAAAUAAAAACCCUGGAAUGAGUAGGUGUGUCCAAACUUUUGACUGGUGUACUAACUGUAAGUCGCUCUGGAUAAGAGCGUCUGCUAAAUGACUAAAAUGUAAUGUAAAUGAUGUACUGUAUGUGGACACACCUUCAAAUUAGUCGAUUUGACUUUUUCAGCCACACCCGUUGCUGCCAUGCAAUCUCCAUAGACAAACAUUGUCAGUAGAAUGGCCUUACUGAAGAGCUCAGUGACUCAACGUGGCACCGUCAUAGGAUGCCACUUUUUCAACAAGUCAGUUUGUCACAUUUCUGCCCUGCUAGAGCUGCCCCUGUCAACUGUAAGUGCUGUUAUUGUGAAGUGGAAACGUCUAGGAGCAACAACGGCUCAGCCGCGAAGUGGUGGACUACACAAGCUCACAGAACGGGACCGCCGAGUGCUGAAGCGCGUAUAAAUUGUCUGUCCUCGGUUGCAACACUCCCUACAGAGCUCCAAACUGCCACUGGAAGCAACGUCGGCGCAAGAACUGUUCGUCGGGAGCUUCAUGAAAUGGGUUUCCGUGGCCGAGCAUCCGCACACAAGCCUAAGAGCACUAUGCUCAAUGCCAAGCUUCGGCUGGAGUGGUGUAAAGGUCGCAGCCAUAGGACUAUGGAGCUGUGGAAACUCAUUCUCUGGAGUGAUGAAUCACGCUUCACCAUCUGGCAGUCCAAUGGAUGAAUGAGUUUGGCGGAUGCCAGGAGAACGCUACCUGCCCGACUGCGUAGUGCCUACUGUAAAGUUUGGAGGAAUAAUGGUCUGGAGCUGUUUUUCAUGGUUUGGGCUAGACCCCUUAGUUCCAGCGAAGGGCAAUCUUAACGCUACAGCAUACAAUGACAUUCUAGAUGAUUCUGUGCUUCCAACUUUUUGGCAACAGUUUGGGAAAGGCCCUUUCCUGUUUCAGCAUGACAAUGCUCCUGUGCGCAAAGCGAGGUCCAUACAGAAAUGGUUUGUCGAUCGGUGUGGAAGUACUUGACUGGCCUGCACAGAGCCUCAAUCCCAUCAAACACCUUUGGGAUGAAUUGGAACGCCAACUGUGAGCCAGGUCUAAUUGGCCAACAUCGGUGCCCGACCUCACUAAUGCUCUUGUGGCUGAAUGGAAACAAGUCCCCGCUGCAAUGUUCCAACAUCUAGUGGAAAGCCUUCCCAGAAGAGUGGAGGCUGUUAUAGCAGCAAAGGUGGGACCAACUCCAUAUUAAUGCCCAUGAUUUUGGAAUGAUAUGUUCGUCGAGCAGGUGUACACAUACUUUUGGUCAUGUGGUAUACUUAAUUGUUUGAAACCUGAACGUUUUAAUACAUAUUGAGGCAUGUCUUACCUUUCUUUAAAGUAGCCUAUUAGAUCUCCUCUUUCUACAUUUCUAACAGAUUAUCUGUCACAUGAAACCGCUUGCAUGUGCAGUCCACUUUUGACAAUGGUGUUUUCCAGUUAAUUGCAUUAUGGAACGAACAUUCGCGUGUAGCCUACUGCCUUGUGCGCAUUGCACCCAAUAGAUAUGGGUCUGGUACAUUUCUCAAAUGUCUGUUAAAUUAAAAUGUUACUGGUCAAAUGUCCUGCGCUACAUUUUCCUAUCGGAAACCCUGGUUCAGACAUCAACAGUUUCAGCUGAAUGACUUCAGGCACUGAAAUAACCUAGCCAUGGGUGGGUAAAUUUAGCCUCUGCUGUGGUUAGUCGAUUCGGCUAUUUCAGCCACACCCGUUGCUGCCAUGCAAUCUCCAUAGACAAACAUUGGCAGGUCAGUUAAUUGUAUGUGUGUGUGUGUCCCUCCGAGCGUGUCUUUUGGGCCAACCCUGAACAAAGAGGAAGCGUCAAGCAGUCAUUUUACUGUGUAGCUUCUGUCUGCUCUAUUGUCACGUCUAUCUCAACGUCUCCACAUCUCAUACCUCUAGCUUUCACUUGGCUCAUGUCUCGUAUUCAUGUAAAGGAUUUUGUAGAUAGCUGUGUGUGAGGAGAGUAUGCGUGUCUGUCUGCAGGUGUUUCUUCGGUGUACAGUAGUCUGGUUUUCAUUUUCUCUCUACUCUGUGGGGAGUGAUUCCUCCAUUAUUUGCCCAGAGCAACAAGAGCUCAUUAUCGACAGCAGACACUAUCUAUCUGUGUCAAAUUGGUCUGUGUGCACGUGUGGCCAUGGGUGUGCGUGUGUGAUUUUUCUAUUCAACACGUCAAACAAAAGACCAAUGCAAUUUACAUGUUACUCAGACACGCUUAUUUUCUUUCUUUGUUUUACCUGUAGUCAAAUUCCUGACUCAAGCCUUUUCUCCAUUUUAAGGAGAUGUCUCAUCUUCUAAACAAGAGAAACUCUAAUCUCGACUGCUUUUAACAAGAUAACUAAUUGGUAUUUCUUUUGUUCCAUUUCAGAAAUCGAGCGAUAGCUGAUUACCUUCGUUCCAAUGGAUAUGAAGAGGCAUAUUCAACUUUCAAGAAGGAGGCAGAAUUAGACGUGGUGAGAAAUGAUGGAACAUUACACACACAGUAACACACACACACACACUAUCAAUCAAGCCUAUUUACCCAAACAAUACUGCUUUAAUUUACACUUUAUUCCCCCUUUUAAUUGACGCAGACAAGUGUGACUGAAACCAUAUGAGCCCAAUUAAGGUGAUCUGAAGCUAUGAUUAGGGUGUCUGUCACACACACACACGAGGGAGAAGCUGCAGUCAGGGAGUGGAACAGAAGAUGAAGAUAAUCUCUCUCCCUGUUUUCCUAGCUGUGCUCUACCAUAGCUAAUGUAACGGCAGGUAUCUAGCAGCUAAAGCCCCGAACAAAAGUGCCCUUUGAAUUUACUCAAUGUACAAUCUCUCCUCAAACAAGACAAAACAAAGAGCAAAGACAACGUGUGGCAAUUUUAACAUGUCAAUGCUCCCUUCGCGCUCUCUCUCCCGCUGCCUCUCUUUCUCUCCCCGUCUUUGUCAUUACCUCCCUCUUUGUAUAGCACAGAAGGAGAGGUGUUCAGUCCUUCCUCCUCCCUACUUAGUGGAAACAGCCUGAAUAAUAGAAGAUUGCUAUGGAUGGAGAAGCUCCCUGACGCAUCUGACACCACCCACACACACACAGGCACACCUUGUGGAUUGUGUUAAAAGCUUGCCCAAAUGAUGUUGGCAAUUCCAGCCUUCCAUUGCCUUAAUCUAGUCAAUUCAUUACCUGAGGAGGUGAUGCCAAUGGAGAAUGGAGGCAUUUCCCCUAAUGCUACAUCAACAGUCUUUGUCUUGGGUUUCUUUUAAGACCUGCAAAAAUAAUGUUAUGCAGUAUGUAGCUGUGUAGGUGAGCAGAGUGGCAUUGAAGGUAGCAUACUGAACAGCAUGCCACACCUCUCGUCUGGCACUGCCCGCACGCAAGCACACACACACACCCUGCUGAUAGACUGGCAAACCACAGUGAUUAGAAGGUGUGUGGAUCACUGACAGUGUGUGUUAAGCCAUCGGCAGAGGGUCUGGGCAGAUGGCAAAUCAGAUUUCUCUCUCGUCCCUCUUUACCUCUCUCCCUCUCUCUUCACGGACACAGUGCUACAACUCCUUUCAUCCCUCCAUCCCCGUCACCUCUCCUCCUCCCCUCUUCUUAUCGCUCCAAGCGCUAAGAGAGGCAGCAACUGUUCUCUUGGACACCUCUGAUUUUCCAACAGAGCGAUUUCUGCCAAGGAGCAGCAGCCUAGCUUCAGAACACACACCUCCCCUCUGUGCCUAUAGCACUACUCCACACUUCUACAUUUUCUCUUUUAUUUCUCCUAAGAGGGGAAAACAUUUAUGAAAUCUACCACAAAGCACAUUUUCUCCCCCACUGAAACAGUGGCUAGGCUGUCAAUCUGAAUUGUUGAUGGUUUGUUUGAUAGAUGAGCUGAAGCCGGUGACCUGGUAUAGUACUGUACUGAAUCACCAGAGAAGAUAUGUGUUUUGUUACCCCCAUCCCUACACACCUCUCUCCCUCAUGGCUCUUUCAUCCUCUCCCAUUAGUAACACCACAUCAAGAGACAAUGUAAAUAUGUAGCAACUCCUCUCAGCAAACACGCCAUCCCUUUCCCUUUUUAGUUUUAGAGUUUAAUAGCCACAUAGCUAUUAGCUCCAACAAUGCAGGACAAAGUGAAGUAAAACAAUAGAAAUAUAAUAAAAAUAGAAAUUAGCCCAGUCUUUGGCAAUCUGUGCCCCCAUGCAUAUUUCAGACCGCGGAAAUUGUGUGUCUGUAGUGGUUGAGUGUGUCUACCACACUGUUUGACUGCGUCCGCCUUCAUGUGUCUGUUGGGGAGUGCUGUUGUCUAGACUGUAACAUGUGUGGGAGGAUGGAGGAGAACCCACCUGGUGUGUGUGUGUGUGUACGCGUAUGACCCUGCUCAGUGUGACUGGGUCUGAUUAGCAUGUUGUAGAGGCAGGUGUGGGGCUGAGCUGCAGGUGACAGAUAACUCGACCUCACCCUGGCCCGUUGGCACCCCCAACACAAUCGAGCUGGGGGGGGCUUCAUAUGCCUCACGUCACACACACACACACACACACACACACACACACACCAAACACUUAUUUUCUUUGUCCUUUUCUGCCUUCCAUGAAUAAAACAUGUAGGCUCGUUUUUAGGCGAAGUCUUGAUCUUUGCUAGUACCCAUAAUGGGUUUCACCUAAGUUCGCCUUACUCCUUACCCUAGCCAGCCUGUGAACACGUACCAGAAGUCCCUCCCUCGCCCUUUAGUAAAAUGGCCUCCAUACCCCUGUUGCUAGCCUUUCCUCCAGGUGGAAGCCACUCUCUGCCAGGCUCCCUGAAGUUAAUGUCCAUCCCCAGCAGACUUUGAGGGCGUAAACCCUUGUCUGCAGGAGAUUAGCCUGUGUGAGGGGGAUUAAGAAGUGUGUGUGUGUGUGUGUCUCCGUAAGUAUGUUUCCGUGUGUAUGUGUUUUUACAAUUAGCCUCAAGGCUGACCCUAUGUGGUGCGACCACUAUUUGGAUGUAGGGGUGUAAAUCCCAUUCCUUAUUACUGUGUACACACACACACACACACACACACACACACACACACACCUUAUUACUGUACCCAAAGACUCUGCCUGCAACCUCAGCUGCCCCCCAGGCCUAAGCUAAGCUCUGUGCUUAGAUUGUGUGCGUGCAGCGUUCUUUUCCUAACUCUUCUUUCUUUUCAUCCCCAACCAGAAUGAAGAGUUGGAUAAGAAGUAUGCUGGCCUUUUGGAAAAGAAAUGGACCUCAGUCAUCAGAUUACAAAAGAAGGUUUGUGGUUUGUUUCAGGGGAUGCUGUUGUAGCUUGUGGGGAUUCUGUCUGCUAGUCUUGGCCCAUGACUGCGGCGGAACAUCAUCUGAUCAGAUACUCACCAUACACUCACCAUACACGGCGUAUUAAAAAGGUUACAGUACAAAGAAUUGAAUGUGUUAACCCAAUGCCCUUAUAAUAUGAUGAGAUCGUUUGAUAUGGGUGGCAUUGAUGUGGUUACUUAGCAAUACACUGAAGCUGCCAGCAGAGAUUUCCAUGUAUCCAUCAGCGUUAGCAAGUUUAUAUUAGACAUUUUACUUACGUAGUAUAGAUUAUACACAUACUGUAUUCCAAAAUGGGGGUAAAUUCACCUCAUCCACCAUCAAUAUGUAUUUCCCACCUGAUGAUGCACGGCAGCCAUUUUGUGCCAGAAAUGGCCAGUUUCCUUCUAUGUAAUACCACAUAUCUUACUGUGAUGGUAACUGUGUUUUCAUGUCCGUCCCCGUCCCCCCAGGUGAUGGAGCUGGAGUCGAAGCUGAACGAGGCCAAGGAGGAGAUCACCCUAGGUGGGCCCGUAGCCCAGAAGCGUGACCCCAAAGAGUGGAUCCCUCGCCCGCCGGAGAAGUACGCACUGAGCGGCCACCGCUCCCCUGUCACGCGCGUCAUCUUCCACCCAGUCUUCAGUGUCAUGGUGUCAGCCUCCGAGGACGCCACAAUAAAGGUCAAUAGAAUAAUCAUCAUAAACAACAACAGUCUUUACUCUAUGUCUAGGUCAUUCUCCAGGCUGGUUGUAAAGGUCCCUGAAGACUGCCUAAACAGUGCUAAGGGAAACAACGAGAUCAGCAUAAACGAGAUGCAAGCAACCCACCCCAAACAUCUUCCCCAACGCUGUGGUGGCAACUUACUUUAUCCACUUGACUUGUAUGUGUGUUGACUGUAUAUGUAUAACUGUAACCAAUAAGGCCUGGGUUUAAGUCCCAGUUCAGUCAAGGUCAACUGCAGAGCUGUGUACCAACCAUUGAACUGCAUAAUCUUUAACCAAUUCACGUCCUUGUACAAUAUCACAACGUGCCACUGAACAAAUUCUGUUUGGUGUAAAUGCAUGACAUUUGGUGUCAACAUAGUUAGUGUGUAAUCAGGCCACAUAGAUAAUGACAAUAUUAAAAUAUCAAUCAUACUUCCAGUGCCAAUCAAAGAUGGGCUUUUGAGAAAAUGUGAAGAAAUCAUUUAAAAUGACUUCAACAUAUUUAUUUUGAAAUACAUUUAAGAAUUAAAUUGUUUAAAAGCAUGUGUUAUUUGACCUGUUUUAAGCCCAAAUAUGCUAAGUGGUUUGUUAACUACAGCCGUUUUUGUAUCGUACUAUAUUCUUUGGACACACACGUACCACAGACACACACACGGGUGUGCAUUGAUGUCUGUGGUAUGUGUGUACACACGUGUGCUUGUGAGAGAGGGAGAGAAAGAGGGAGAACGCUGUAGCAGGCCUCAUUCUCCAUUGACUUGCAUUGGAUUUGCUUAUGCUGUAUAAUAUACUCUAGGAGUGUGUGGAUUUCUUUAGAUAUUGCUUUCACAAUAACAGAGGACCUACAACGCGCUCGCGCUCUUCUUUUGUCAGGACACGCCUACAGCAAACCCCCCCCCCCCCCCACACUAUCGAUUGACAUCCAUCAUAUGCUAUGUAUAAAUGCAUUGAUACAGGCAGUAUAAUAAUCACCCUGGUUCAUCCACAAUGCUAUUUUUUUCAGCCAGCCAGGUCUGGUCUGAUGCGCUACCACAGCUACCUACCUUCGUGCCCCAGUUCCUCUAUAAAUAUUUUUGCCGUGUAUUUUAUUCAUGUGGAAUCAGACUCCUGUUCUCUAUUUUGCCAUGCUCCCUCCAGGGGCCUUCACCACCUCCUCCUCUCAGCUAGCACUCAUUCUCCUCUAUUUGGCUACACUACCACAAGGGGCCUCCUCCUCCGCCACCACCACCUCCCCCCAGCUACCCAUCGUCAUUCCCAGCAUCCCUCCCCCCGUCCCACCCCGUUAUUUCCGCUUGAGUGCUGGCCCCUCCGCCACGACCACUAUCCAUCCAUCCCAGUCAGGCCUCAAAUCUCCCAAUCUGCCCCCUCUCCUCUUAUACCUCUUCUUUCCUGGCCUGGCUCGCCUCACUGUCCCCUACUUUCCCUCCAAACCUUGCUGUUAAAUAUUUUAACUUGGGAGCUGAACUUAAGAGCUCUGCAAUCUGACAUUCUCCUUAUUUCUCUUUCUCUGACAUUCUCUCUCUGACAUUCCAGUAAGGCUGUGUUGGUUUGCCUGCAGUCUGAAACUAGUGUAUUUUUCCUCUUUGUUUAGUAUGCAGGGAGUAAUUGUCACGGGGCAUUGGUGCUCUGCAGACAAACUGCUUGCCCUCACUCCUUCCCUCUCGCACUCCCUCUCGCUCUCCCUUUCUUCCCUUGUACACUGCUCUCCCUUCUGCUAACGUAGCAAAUCUAUACAAUCCUUUUUUUAACAUGUUACCAGCCUUGAGCUCGCCACCUUGGCAGUAUGUAAAUCUGCAGGUUUUGUGAGCAGUGAGCCUUCUCUACUUCCUUCACUCUCGGUUUCUCCCUUCGCACUCUCUCUCUCUCCCCGCACUCCCUUUCCCUUUCUCUGCAUGGUGAUAAGAAACCCUGUCCCUCACACUAAACUAGGCCGAACAGCUUGAGGUUGAGUGUCAGGUUAACUGCUGCUUAUGGCAAGAAAGACCAUGCGGAUGCCUUUAGCACAGGCUGGACCCCGAUUAUUUUAAAGUGACUAUUUUAUAGUGUCAUUCUCGCAAAGGUAGGCCUAUAUUAAUUACUGCUUUGAUCUUUAAAUUGAAUAUAGGUUCUCUUCAGUUGGUCAAUGGAAAGACUUAAUCAAUUUUAGUCUCUCUGUCUUAGAGCCAAAUCGUUACGAGUGGCUAACAUUCAUUUUAUGGUUGUUUAUCUCAUGCUGUAGUCAGUACAUAAACACAUUUUCAGGUUAGCUUCCCCUGACCUCUGACCUCACUACCUAAUGACCUUCUGCAGUGCAUCUAGACUGCAGCUUACGGAGCUGAUAGGCUACAUGGGUCUGCAGAAAAUGCCAUAAAAGCUAGAAUAAAUUGCACCACCGUGUUUCACUAGCUCGCCACUUGCAUAGGUAGCACAAGCUCAGCAUUGAUGGGUUUUGGUGGCAGAAGCACAAGCUCAGCAGACCAAGUGAUAGUCUUGGUGGUAUUGGCAGACUUAACACCACGCCAUACUGGGUGGAUUUUGUGGUAGACUAGACUCAAAACGGGAGGGGAGAGGGGGCGGGUGGACUUGGCAGUGGAGAAAGCCCAAAUGAGGCAGAAGGAGGGGGCUUCUGUCACUGUCUGCCCAAAUCCAUCCCCCACCACCUCUACCCCCCCCUCCCUCCCCUCCUGCUUGCUCAGCGAUGGAGGAAAAGCUUAUCCCCACAGUGCCUGCCUGUCUGCCUGGAAACACAGGGUGAUGUGAUAGCCAUUAUGCUUGAGAUGCAGCCAAACUAGUGUUUGUUUUUGACCCUUUUAUUUAAGACUCAAAUCUCUCUGUCAAUAUCAACACAAUCACAAUAGACAGACUCCUAUUUAUUCAACCACCAUAGUCUUACUCUUGGCUUAUUUCCUUCUCUGACUAUCCCAAUAUGGGGAUAUUUGAAUUGAUACGCUUCAGACUGUUGUAGUCUUCUAGAAACAGUAAUUUAAUCAGACGAGGAAGGUUUUGAACAUUGAAUAUGUAUGGGGUCGGUGUUUGCAUGUUGAGACGCCGUCUGGCUUGUAGGCUCUCGUCAUUCUGUGCUAUUUGGAGCUCUAGAGACGAAUCUCAGACAGUGAACUGUGGGUAGCUAAUGUCUAGAGAAGUCUGUCUGGCACCUCACCCAGGGUGUGUUGGAGCUCCUGUGAUAUGACAUUAAUAUGAUCUACUGCAGAUGAUGGAGCUAUCCAUAUCUCUCUCUGUGCCAGUCUCAGCCUGCCUCCUAUAAGCCUGUUUUGGCUGCUUGGAGGCAGUGUCACAGGGUGCAGACUAGGCUAGACAAGACAGUGUUAUUUGGGGUCUCUGUCGGGGUGUGGGGAUUUGGGGAUUUUUAGAUUUUGGAGAGCAGCUGAGUUGUGUGUUUAUGUUCAGGUGUUUGUGUUUUCAUGCGUGUUCAUGUUCACAUAGCAGCUGAAGUUUGGAUUUGUGUGUUCAUGUGUGUACUUCUCUCCCAUCAUCUGAGCUGUGUGUGUUCAUGUAUGUGUUCUCGUUUUCAUGUGACCUGUUUUGACAGAGAAACUGAAAUAGAGUGUGUUCUCUCCUCGCCAGGUGUGGGACUAUGAGACAGGAGACUUUGAGCGGACGCUGAAAGGUCACACAGACUCUGUCCAGGACAUCUCCUUUGACCAGACUGGCAAGCUGCUGGCCUCCUGCUCUGCAGACAUGACCAUCAAGCUGUGGGACUUCCAGGGCUUUGAGUGCAUCAGGACCAUGCAUGGUGAGUGGACUGGAGGGACAGGAGAGGGUGGGACUGGUUAGAGAGCUAAUGGGUUGGAGGAUUUUAUGUCAUAGACUAUGAGGAGGAUCAGGGAUGGUGAGGUAUGUCUGAUUGUUUAGUUCAGGCAACGCUUGGAUGAUUCCAGACAUGUAUGUGUGAGAAUGUGUUUGGAUGGUGCGUUGGGACACAGGUGCUACCGAUGCUGUUCAUUAUCACGUAUGAUAUGGCUCAUCCUCACUGAAGUACAUGGCAAUCUGCUCCAAUUCACAGAAAACCCAGUGAAACAAAAGAGCUUCACAUCACAACCAAAUUCUGUCACACAGGAUUUAAUGUUAAUGCCAGCCAUUCCACACUUCUUAACAUCCUCCCCAAUCUAACUCCUAUAGGCGGUGGGGACUUGUUCUCUCGCUCUCUCUCUGUCUCCCUCUCUCUCAGGAAUUCAGUAAUUUGCACCGUUUAAUAUUAAGAUUUGGAGGGCAGAAUAUGAGAAUCAUUUCUGUAUUCACACACAUACACACACACACACACACACACACCAUCCCUCAAGACGAGGUGCUAUUUCUCUUAUCAUCAGCACUCUAAAUGUACCAGUCCUUAGGCAGUGUCACUGCCCCCCUCCCCUCUUUUAAAUCCUAAUUGCUGCAUAAAUUGAAGUGGCACAUCUUACGUGUGCCUUCAGGCCCCACUGAAACAGGAGUGGCUUUCCUAUUCCAUUGGAACUGUCUGGAGCUCCUAAAACAUAUCAAGACUUAAUGUUUGACAUCUUAUGCCCCUUAAAAUCUCCCCAAAAACGUCUCUCAAAUUGCCCAGACUAAGAAGUAUGCUACAUGAAUGAAUAUGAAUGCUUGAAGUAAAUAAGAUGAAAAUGAGCUCAUAUUCCCCUUCUUGACUAGGGUUCAGUAAUUAUUUUAAUCCAUGUUUUAGUUGUAAACCUAGACAAACAUAAAUCCAAGGUUUUCAGUGUGUGUGUGAGAUAUUAGCGGUUUCUCCAAUCCCUUUUUGGGUGUAAUUUACACUGCGUCAGUUAGAGCUGGCAUGUUGCCCCAAAACAGACCGGCUGUGUUCACACUGAAGAAACGAGAGCUCUGGGACCUCUUCUCUUUGUCUCCCUCCCUCCCUCUCUCCAUCCCUCUCUCUGCUCCUGCCAGUUCCACUGCGCCAGCUUUCCUGUCAUCCUCCCAUCCCUUCAUAUUCUCAUCCUUUCAUUCUCUCCAGUCCUUCUCUUCUCCUUAACCAAUUUCCCUUCUUUCCUCACCCUUUCUCCUCUACACAGUUUUCUCUCCCCAUCUUUCGCUCAUCCUCUCCCCCUCCUUCCCUGCAUCCCUCCCUCCCACCAGGCUGACUGGUUUGGUAGUGAAGAUUAGGAGAUAUUUUGGACAGUCAGUUUAAUUAUUAUCCUCUUCACUCAGCACCAGAUAGCAGCCCUUAUGUGAGGCUUUCACCACCCAUUAUUAUAACAGCCAGUAGCGCACUGUGGGGCUACUGUGCCCCCCCCCCCCCCCCCCCCCCCCCCCCCCCCACACACACACACACACACACACACACUCACCCAUCCAAUAUAUUUAAGCUUGCCUUUUAGAGCCUACUUGCUGUUUCCUCAUCUUUUUAGCUGAUUAAAAAUGGCCGCCCUACUGUCUUGGUAAUUAGCUGCCUCUUCUCCAGGAACAAAGACACCCUGGGUGUAAUUGGCCGUCUCACUACUCAUGUUAAUUGGCUCAUUUGGACAAAACCUAUUUUAUGGCACAUUUAGUUCCGGGGACUUUAUCAAGGGGAAGGGGAUGGGGAUGACUUCCUGUCAGUGGGUGGCAUUCAGAAAUUGAAAGGUUUGGGCAAGAAAAGCUUGCUAAUGCAUUUAGCCCAAUUUCCCUCUGUCUGAAGUACAGUACUUGGACAUUUCACCAAUAGUUAUUUCAGUCACCAGUGGUUGUUUGGAAAGGGGACACCUAGUCAGUUGCACAACUGAAUGAAUUAAACCUAAACUUGUCUUCCAUAUUUAAUCAGAGGUGGGGGGGCUGCCUUAAAUCAAUGUCAUAGGUGCGCAGUUGUUGUUGGGGGUUCACUGCCUUGCUCAAGGGCAGAAUUUUUCCACCUUGUCGGCUUAUGGAUUCGAACCAGCAACCUUUCGGUUACUGGCCCAGCUACCUGCCGCCCAGUGAAGGUCUCAUUGCGUUGUCUUUUCUUUUCCAGGACACGAUCACAAUGUUUCGUCCGUAGCCAUCAUGCCCAAUGGAGAUCACAUAGUAUCUGCCUCGAGGGACAAAACCAUUAAAAUGUGGGAGGUGGCCACUGGGUAAGUAUGCUGCAUAAUAGCAGUCAGUGCUCACCAUGAGCCUAAAUGUUCAUAUAAGUGUGCAGGAGCUUCUCUUCUUUGAAAUAGUAUUCAACACUUCCUAUGCUUCUGCAAAGCAAGCAACCAUCUUUAACCCAUCUCCCCUCUUCCCAUCCAUCAGCUACUGUGUGAAGACGUUCACGGGCCACAGGGAGUGGGUGAGGAUGGUCCGGCCAAACCAGGACGGCACCCUGAUCGCCAGCUGCUCCAACGACCAGACGGUGCGUGUGUGGGUUGUGGCGUCCAAAGAGUGCAAGGCCGAGCUGCGGGAGCACGAACACGUGGUGGAGUGCAUCUCCUGGGCCCCCGAGAGCGCCCAUCCCACCAUCUUGGAGGCCACUGGCUCAGAGGUGAGAAGGAGCUGUUGAUAGACACACACACUUCACUAAAGGCUUUGUCUCCUCCUUGGUCCCCAAAAGCACAUCAUGCAACCCCUUCGUCCUCAAAACGGCCACUGCUGACUCUUCAAAAGCACAUUAUACUUAUGCCCUGUCCUUUGAUCUGUGCCAAAACCUGUAUGUACAUACAUGCCUUAAGUAACAUGGUAAUGUACACAUCAAGAUAAUACUGUGCACACGCCCAUUUAAAUGGUACGGCUAGGUACAUACAAGUAUCUGAUUGCUCAAGGGAAAGUAGACCUAGAUAUUCCCGGGUGAACACCCAAGUUAAUAAUAUGCACACAUCCUACUGUGCGUGUAUAGCUUACAUGUCAGACAAUUUACUUUGCUCUCCACUCACCCUCUGACUUCCUAUAUAUCUGGGUUAUUUGGUAUUCCCUAACCUAGUUAUCUGGGUUAUUUGGUCUGUCGCCUAACCUAAGAUUGGCACCUGACAGAGCCAGACAUGUUUGAAUCAGACCAUGAAAUGAAAAGUACAGGAGGAACCCUGUCAUGGCCCAGGGUCAGACCAUCACCCUGAAAGGUGCCCCCGUGAGUCCGCACGCACUCACACACCCUGGUGCCCCCGUGAGUGUCCCGCUCUCCACGGUCUUUUGAUCAUGCGUGUCCAAUUUCAGCUGCAUCCAAUUUAAAACAUUUACCCUCACAGGCAGCUAGUGGCCCUGUCAAGAACCAUGCCUCCCUGUCUGCCUCAAUGCCUGAGCGCAAUGAUACACAAUGUCCCAUCUUCAGAACUCACGGAAGGAGCCUCAGAUAGUUGUUUUUCCUCUUUAGCUCUCUCUUUCUGUGUUUACCCAUUUGAAUGCUAAGUCGACGCAGUGAUGGUAUUGUUGAACUUGGCUAAGAGUCAAGCCAGAAGAGUAGAUGCGUGCACGUACAAACAUAAACAUACACGUAAACAUGCAUACCUCAUUACCCUCGCCUUUGAUCAAAUGCUCCUUUUGAAUACUUGAAGAACUUGGCGCUUAGUAGCAGAGCCGGUAGAAUGAUUUCUCCUGACAUCAAUUAUACUGUCACACUUUAUGUUCUGUGGACUAAAGCAGCCAAAUGUGACUCUGACAUUUAAGACUGCUCUGCUCUACGUGCUGAAAUGAGCCUGCACAGGGGAACCCAAACUGUUAGAACGCCCUCCCCUGUUGCAGAACUGAGGCAUGUAAUGACUUUUUUUUAUAUAUCUCUGUGUGUAUAAUACCCCACCCACGCAUUUGGUGAUUCUUUGUUUGCCUAGUGCCUAAAUAAUGAGUUGGUGCUGAAGACUAAAUAAAUGGUUAUAUCCUCCACACACAUGCUUAGCUGCCAAAGAUGAUAUUUGAUUUUAAAAUAAGAGAUGAAUGGUAGUUUUGGUAAAUAUGGACAAAUAAGAUUUAUACUGCACCACAGAGCAUGUAGAAAUGGAACAAUUGAAUCCAAGUGCAAAUUUGGUAAAUAAUCAAAUAUUUCCCUCAGCUGUAAGGUCCCCUCAGUGCAAGUUUGCGCUACUCUGUGUUCAGAAUCACUCUUAAAUCAAAGCAGAGUCUAGUUGAACAAAUAAAGUGUAGGUCUGUGCCCUGCUCUGGAGAUGCAUCCUCUGAUAAUUAUUCAAUUUGCAGUCCAUUUCCCCUGAUGCUAAGGUGGUAUUUAUUUAUCAAAGGCUGUGGUAUAAAAAUGCAUUUAAUUCAGAGGGCAGCUGGCUGCAUAUAGUCCUUAUAACGAAAUUAUCAAGGGUUGAUGUCGCGCAAGUGAAGACUGCUUAAGGUUCUGUAUUGGCAAUUGGAGUUCAUCGUAUUCUCUCUCUCUCGUUGUCCUUCCAGUCUAAGAAAAGUGGUAAGCCGGGCCCCUUCCUGCUGUCUGGCUCCAGAGACAAAACCAUCAAGAUGUGGGACGUCAGCAUUGGGAUGUGCCUUAUGACACUGGUGAGUGGACCGUUAAUCAUAGACAUACAAUAGAUGGUCAUUUCGAUUCAUGCAGUUUUGAAUUGAAACAUUUCCCCAUUUGUGAUGUCGAAUCCAUUUCUUCACAUGACAUGAAUUGUAAUGGGAUUGACCUUCUUGAACACUAGUCUUAACCGGAUGCUCUGUCUCCGGUUGACUGGUUUCCCGAACUAAGCAUAGUCCUAGACUAAGAAGCAGGUUUGUUUUAGUCCUGGAGUAGUCUGGGAAACUGGCCCUAGAUUUUGUAUUAACAAUUCUAACCAAACACUUUUGUCCCAGGUUGGCCAUGAUAACUGGGUGCGCGGGAUGCUUGUCCACCCCGGAGGCAAGUUCAUAUUGAGCUGUGCUGACGACAAGACCUUAAGGAUCUGGGACUACAAGAAUAAGCGUUGCAUGAAGACCCUGAGUGCCCAUGAACACUUUGUUACCUCUCUGGGUAAGCCGCUCUCAAUCUUCUCUUCUCCUACAGUCACAGUCAGCGUCAGUUACAGCUGGGUCUUGUUCAGUAGGCACACUGUAGCAAGAUGUUAGCGCUGAGCAAUGAACCGAAAUGUCAAGUAUUUUUUAGUUUUUUUAAACAACUAAUUGACCGAGGUCUGUUCAAUUAUUUGAAUUCCAUUUAGUUUUUUUUUCUUUUCUGUGAGCUCAAUGCGCACAUUGCACAGUUUCUCUAGAGAUAAAUCAGAUCCAUCAUGCUAUAGGCCCCAGAGAGAGAGGAUCAGGCAGGGGUUAGACAAAGCUGUUUUGGAUAGUGGUUGAAUGGGGUUAGGGAUGGGAUAGGUGGGGUAGAUUUUUUGAUAUAUUUUGAUAAACUGGUCUUGUCUGGCUCAGUAUCCUGGGGGUUGCUAGCUGGCAGCUGGGGUCUAAGAGGUAAACAAAUGCUCCAGGAUUUUCCCACUUUUCCCCAAAUCUGAGGCUUCUAAGCGGAUCAAGGCUAGGGAACUCUCCGGAGAAGGAGACUCCAGCGAUCCAGCCAGCUUUCCUGUCAGGCUAGUGCUGUUUGAAGCCCCAGCCUCUGAAAUCUAGCUACACGCACACACAGAGCACUGCUGUAAGCUAUUGUUUGCAUAUUUUUUGGGGAGAAGACAAAAGCACCUUUUGUUGAGGUUGUUGUGCUGUGCUUUUCUGUGUGAUGCAUGUACCAAGAGGUUAAGAGCUUUGUAGUCUAGUUCAUGAAAUGCCCCAAUUCAACUAUUGAUAAUUUUAAAAAAUAUAUAUUCAGGUCAUACUGCUAAAUGGAAUAUAGGUUUGAUAAAUAGCUUUCAAUCGCCUUUAAUGUGGAAGUUAACUAAUUAUUCUGCCGUCUCCUCUGGAUAGAACCCGAUUCUCUCUCUCUCAAUUAAAUUCAAAGGGCUUUCUUGACAUGGGAAACGUGUUUACAGUGAAAUAGACAAGAAACAAACACUAUCUACUCUUCCUUUGUACUGAUGCCCUUUCUCCUCCUCUCCUCAGAUUUCCACAAGAAUGCUCCGUAUGUCGUCACCGGGAGCGUAGAUCAAACAGUAAAAGUGUGGGAGUGUCGCUGA